GAGGAUGCUCAGAGCGGACCCAGCCUUCCCAGACAGCAGAAUGAAGUGACAGUCCGUGCGUUGUUCUCUCUGCUCUGGAUGCUCACUGGGAUGUAUUUUGGAAAGGGGGGUCGGGCAGCAGCGACCCACCAGCAUAAGCGCCACUGAGCCUGACGUGAAUGACAAGUAAAAGAGCUCUUUCAAGCGAGCAAACAGCACAGGAAUGUGCUUAAGUCUGCUGGGCUGCACUCAGGCUCCUCAAAGCGACAUUUUGGACCUACCUCGGUUUGUUUGUAAACACCCAGCAGAGACGAAUCACGAGAGAUUAGAUUUUUAAAUUCUGUUAUUUUUGAAUUUUCCAUUUUUUCUUCUUUUCGCUCCCAAAUCUUAGAGACUGGAGUGACGUUUUCUGGGAGUGUUUUUUUUUUCUUUUGUGAAGCGUGAACAAGACAAACUUCUACCAUGGCACUGGUUAUGGAGCCAGUGAGCAAGUGGAGCUCCAGUCAAGUGGUGGAUUGGAUGAAAGGUAAGCAAAGAUUCACGCACAAUUUCAGUUAAAUGCGUAAUAAUGAUUUCGCAACAAAUUGAAUGGGAGUGGAAAUGCAUAUGAACCCGGAUUCAGUCGAGAUGCCAAAAGAGAACAAAAACACCUGCUGAGCCUCGGGGUUCUGCCUCAUCGGCGUGAGGCUGCAAGAGGCUUUUAAUCACAACAGCUAAUCGAUAGAUAGAUCCUGCUAGGCACUUGGAGGUAGAGACGACCUGUCCUCUCAGAUCAACACGUUGUUGGCAUCAUUACGCCUUUAAAUAUCACCAAACGGGUGAAAAGCGCCUCUUUGUGUCCCUGCGGUUAUUGUUAACGCGGGGCUGCCUCGCAGGAAAGCUGGGGAACACAGCGGAGAUUCAGCAAUUACGCACAUAAAACCAACCCUCUCUGUGGCUCUGGGGAUGGAGUUUGUGUUUAGGGAACAGGUGCAAUUAAAUGAAAGGUUUUUUAUUUGUGUGUGUGCUGUAUGAAAUAGCAUCAACUAAGCCUAUAAUAUCAGAGCUAGUGCAGCCAUCUGUGCCAUAUGUCCAUCCACACACGCCCCAAGUCGUUAAGAAGUCACAGCUGACUUCAAAGGGCAUCAUGAAACUCUGCCUCUAAACUCAUAAUGCACCGAAAAACAAAAUGAUACUCAUCCAUAUAUGGUGAAGAUCGCAUGUGUUUUAUUUUGACUAGCAGGAUCCAUCCCAAAUCUGGUGGAAAUCCUGCAGACUAGACUCCAAAAUACUCAUGCAUAUGAAGGAUCCAGUUAUAAAUAAGGCACUGAAUGCAAUCUUGCAAAGACAGCGACGUUUUUACAGCCUUAAACUUUUAUUUCAGAAUAAUACAAUUAAAAUGUAGUUGUCAUAUUAGUCAAUGAUUCAUUAGAUUUAGUGUCUGUGCUGGAUGAGAGGUCCCUCAUAGGAGAACUGUCUGCUCAUUCAGUCUCCUAAGACCUAUAAAUAUCCCUCAUGAGCCUAUCAGGAGACUUUCAGGGCAAAGAUAACUCAUUAUUUCGUCUGUUUGAAUCGCAAAGUAAUUACCACCGGCAGUCUGCUGCUAUCAAAUAUGUACAAACUGUAAGGGGAUGUGUUCAGCUCAGUUGGAGGAUGCUAUCCAAGUCUGCUGUUUGUCUGGUUGUUUGUACUUCUGUAAUUGUUUUGUGUGUUGUUUUGCAGAGCCACGUGCUCACGUGUCAGGGGCAAAGCCCUUCAGAGAUGCUCCAGAUGAAACAUACAUCUUUACUGCCUCAAUACACACGCAUAAACACACACACACACACCCUUACUCAUAACUAUAAGCCUGAAGGCCUUUUUCUGCUGGCUCAGACGUAUCAUGAUAGAAAAAAAUCAGUCUUAGUCGCUGUUGUGUGUUACAAAUUUCACCUGGUUCUCGGAAAGGCUGGGUGGUUUUUGACAGAAAAAGCAAGGGCGCAACUUUGUAGAGGAUUUAUAAACACAGAGGAGACUCGGGGUUGACAGGAUGUGGAGAAGGGUGAAGACAGAACGACCACAACAGUUCACAUGAGAUCUGAGACUAUGUGUAAAUAAGCUGAGAGCACGACUUAGAAACACAGGCAAGUGAGGAGUGGAGAUUGGAUAUGAGAGAGAGAGGGCUCUUCAGCGUCCCACAUCUGACAAGUGGAGCAGAGACGAUUCUGCGCCCAGAGCCCGGUAAUGGUAAUUUAAAGUGAGGGACAGAGUGGCACUGGGAAACACUGAAGGAGAGGAAGGGGGGAGGAAGAGGAUGAGGGAGGGAGGGAGGGGGUUCAUUCUUGUUUCUCAUCCACUCUCUGCUCCCGAGACCUGGCAGUGUUUUGUCAUUUGCAUUCACAGGUUCUGUUAUUAGCGCUGCCCCUCUGUGAUGUCACUGGAGGCCAAACAGGGGCACCCUGUGACCUUCCCACAAUCCCACUCUCCAACCCCCUCCUUGCCGUUUGUGUUUUGUUUGAGCAAGACGCCCCAUUCCCAGCUGUGACAAAGCCGCUUUAAAGAGGAGAUCGUCGUCACAAAGGAGGAAGAAUUCUGGCUUUGACAGGAAAUUUGUUCAUGCAAACACACGAUGGGGUGCAUUUUGGUAUUGUUUUGUAAAUUGAAUGUGUGUUUUUCAAGCUCAAACCAAAUGCCCAGGCUUAGUAUAAUCUCUUUUCUCCUUCUGACUGUGUGCAUUAUCAUAAUUCACGUUUUUUUUUUUUCAAGUGUAUCAGUUUUAUCCUUGUGCUCGCUCUUUCUUGCACACUCUCUCUCCUUGACACACGUACACACUCUGACAGUGAUCAAUGACAAGUCAGAUUAGCAUAAAUCCAUUCUUACAAUGCUAACAGUCUUAAACGUCUCUCUCUCACCUCACAUUACCAGUGGAUUAUCUAGCAUGGAGAUCAGGAUGUGUCAGUGCUGUGCUUUUAAUUUCUCUUCAGCCUGCUUGAUAAUCUGACCCCAGCAUGAAAUGGACAGGGAAAUUGAUGUAACAGAGAUUACUCAGUGCAAUCAGUGAAAAAGACCCCGUCUAAAGGGGCUGUCAAUGACAUGAUGCUAUGAAAUAAGAUAAGGCAUUUCAUUUUUAAAGAAGACAUCCACCAAAAUUGAGCAUUUGUGAAUCCAUGUUCAUCUAAAUUUGUUUAAGUGAGUCUGAAGUCUUCAUUGAACCAAGACUUCCACAGAACCCUGUAGCCCUUUAAUGCCUGACACUAAAAAUUAUGGUCAGAAAAUUGUAGUUUUUUUGGAGCUGAAAUGUUUAUUUUACUCACUACUGAAAACCAAAAAAAUCAAAAUGUCCUUAAAAUUUAACAAAUAUAUUUAUUUAUCUCGUUUGAUACAUUAGAUGUUUUUGGAAACUAAUAAACUAAAAGAGGAUAUUUUUUAUAAUUUUUCGGACUGCAUUCAGGUGUUUUUUUUUUGUUAUUUGUUGAUCAUAUUGAUUUGAUAGAAGUAUAUAAAAGUAUGCAUCGAAUAUGAUACAAAAGGCAUCAAAGGGUUAAAACAGUGCCAUGGUGCUGAAAUCCUGCAGGAGUUAUUGAGUUAAUAAAAUCUGCAGACACUACCACACAGUCACUUUGUAGAAAGCGUCAUGUCCUCUCUUCACUUAUUUCUUUAUUCGCUCCUGUGGUUUGGAGGGAGUCCCUGCCAAAACCCUUGCUUCAUGGUUUCUAUGGCAACACAGGGAAUACUUCAUUGACAUAAUGAGUCUCAAUUAAGUAAGUAAAGAGGCUGAUUAGUUAAGCCUUUAAGUUUUAUGCAAAACCACCAAACUCCCUAUGUUUCCUCACCACAGUUUAGCCGGCCAGCUGAACCCGCUCUGAAUGCCUGAUCAGGUUCAGACACAGCACUGAGGCACAUGUACAUGAUUGGUCCACAGCGAUGAAAAGAAGAGAUGAGCAAAGAGCUGUUAGUGUGUUUGUGUGUGUGUGUGUGUGUGUGUGUGUGUGUGUGUGUGUGUGUGUCCUCUCCUGCUGAGAAGAUGGAAACAGACCGAGUGUAUAGAAAAAGCCUCACAAAGGCUACUCUCUCUGUCUGUGAUGAUGAAAGGAGAGCCGGUUAGCAUGUAGAGCACUUUUAAAUGACAUUCAGUUAUGAUAUAUGAGAGUAUGAGUAAGUGGGAGGAGAAAGAAUUAACCCGAUUUUUAGUCGUUAAUCCACAGAUAAAUCAAUCGCCUAUCUACUAAAACGUAAAUCUCAGCCAGUUUCAUAAAGUCAAAACACCUUGUUUCACUUGCUGUUAUCAUGAUCCAAAGUGACCUGACAAGUCUAGAAAAAAAAUCUCUUUUCAAGAAGUUACAAGAUACAAAAAUGACGACCUAAUUGCCUUGAAGAAAAAGAAAACUAUCUUGUGAUUAAGCAAGCUAAGUCCCUUUAUGCGUUUAUGAAGAGAAGAAAUACUCAUCGACAAACCUUUUAGGUCUAUUUUUUUCUUGUUUUUAUUCAUUAAAAAGAUAAAAUCCUCAUUUUUGCUCUAGCUUUCAAUAACUUUAAUAAAAGUUUUGCCUCAGGUGAAUGUUACUCAAGUAUACAAGGGAUUUUUUUUUAACCAAAACUACAACAAAUGCCCUCAAAGUAGCAGUUUCACAGCAUCCCAAAUGUCAGUUUCCCCUGGUUUUCUCAGCUGUUUGUAAUGAAAUGAAUUCCCUCAUGACUGUGGACUUCAUAGGUCUCUUAAAGACUAUACUAAACAUUUCUUUCACCACAUUUUGCAUACCAACCAUAACCUUAAAUAAAAAGCAAAAACUUCAAAAUUAAAUCAAAAUGGAAACUUCACUGGUUUACUUUUAUGCUUGCUCUUUAUUGUGGUAUGAAAGUGAAACACUAAUUGAUAAAACAACUCAUGAUGAAUAAGGUAUGAAUAUAAUUUUGCAUUGUUUAAGCUGUGAAAGGAGGCUGGAGUAUCUCUUUACACAACAUUUUUGCUUAUACCUUAUGAAGAAAAAACCUGUAGUGCAGGGAAAAAGCAUGUCUGGAGACUUGUGUUAAGGAUUGGUCCAGCUGAAUCUUCUUUAGAGUUUGGAGCUUUCGUUCAGGAGAUCUGCUGUCUUUGGAGAUAGAGUGAUAUCGGCCUUGUGAGGGCUGCAAAUAAGCUUGAGCUAGACAUCUUGUAUGCAUCACAUUUUCCAUUUUUGUGGCAAUGUUUUAUGUAUUGUCCCUGUUAAAUAAACAUUAUGAUAAAAUAAAUGUCUUGCUGAUUAUACCAAAAGGCCGUUAAUAGGCCUAAUUAACCUGACAACCAAUCAAUCAGUCUAUUACUGGUACCAACAAAGCUGCAGAUUGUUAUUGUUUUUUGUUGAUUAUCCUUUGUCAUAUAAUGUGUAUAAAAAUAGGAGGAAAUGCUUGAUACAGUAAAAGCUUACAAGGACAACAUUCAGUAGAGAAAAGCAGAAAAUCCUCACAUUGGACAAACUUAGACUGCUUGGUAUUAAGCUCGAAAAGCACUCAGAAGAUUAAUUGAUUUAAAGCCAACAAGUAGGUCUACUUUUAGUUUCAAAAUCCAGGUUUUAGUUUGCAAACCCCAGACUCAGACUGGAGGUGCAGAAUAAGUCAGUUUGUUUUACUCUGCUGCUCUCCAUCAACUGCUUCACUGAGCGACUUCACACCUGCUGCUGCAGUGAGAGAUGUAAAACAAGCCGAGCUCAGACACACAACAUCCCUUUGAGUUUAAGUGCACCUCGGUACUGUUGAGGAGGGGGGAGCCUGUCAGUUUUCUUCUCUGACACGGACUGUUUCACACUUUAGGACAUAACAAAAUACAACCUGUGCUCACACUUCAGAGAUUUUCAGCACAGAUUCUGGCAGGGAAAAUUCAGCUCCAUUUGAACACAUUAUGUAAAUUUGCAAGAUAUCAGGAAGCCUUGUGCUGCCAGCAAACAAGACUUUCACCUUGUUGUCAUGCUGUUCUGAAAGUUUGCCUGUCAUCCUGUGUGGUGUCCUCAGGGCUGGAUGACUGUCUGCAGCAGUACAUCAAAACCUUCGAGAGGGAGAAAGUAGGGGGGGACCAGCUGCUGCGGAUCACCCACCAGGAGCUGGAGGAUUUGGGGGUGUCCAGGAUUGGCCACCAAGAGCUCAUACUGGAAGCAGUGGAUUUACUGUGCGCUCUGGUGAGUCCAAACUUCCCACUCUGUCUUCCCACAGCACUGUACCACCACUUCCCAGAGUGUCCCAGAACUGUCUGUGCAUAAAAUAUCUGUCACACAUUUUGUGCCGACUCAUCUUAUCAGAUAAUAAUUCACUAGAAGGUGUCAACAACCUGGAUGUCUUUGGUUUUAUAAGAUAUCAGAGGAAGAAGCUGAUGUUUCAUAUUCCCUUUUACACCAAUUUAUCAUUAAUGAAUCUGUUCAUCAGGGAACGUUGUCAACAGUUUGGGGGAAUUAGUGCGUAUAUGUGGUGUUUCAUCAAAUUAACCCAAUAUUCCUGCAGAUAUCUAAGACUUUGAAACUUCUCAACAGGGAGACUGAUUUAAUUUCUCUCAAUUUUCAAACAUCAGAGUAAAUCUAUCAGAGUUAAUAAUCUGGCUGAGAUUUCCUCUACAGGCGAUCCUUCCAGCUGUCAUUAGUGCUGACAUGGAUUACAGCCUCCUCUGCUACUCAUUUCUGCUCUUAGUCUCCAGACACAACUUUUGAGUGUGUCAGCACAGCGUACUGGGGCUCUGCUGAUCGGGGUAAUGUGCUGCUGAAAUUAGUCAAAGGCUAAUAUUAUUACAGCUGGUCACAAAUUUGCCAGCCCCAAACAGUGGCAUAAUGUGAUUCGGGUCAGCUGGAUCAAGGCUCUGUGAGAGAGCCCAUUGUGUUGAAACUCCUAGAUCAGGAGACUCUUUUUUUCCCCCUCUGCAAAACAAAGUUACUCUGGAUACAUAAUCCAGAAACUUUUGCAGAGAACUGAUAAAUAUGUAAUGUAACUUGUCCAAAAACACAAAGAGUGGAACUUUUUUUUUCUCUGAGAGGAAAGUUUUUAUCAAGUAUCUCAAUUCUUGAACACAGUUCUUCGUGUUUCUGAAUACAUACCUCUUCAAAACUUUAUUUUUGCUCUUUAUUUACAGAGGUACGCAGUAUAAACCUUUUUUUUUGGCCCCAAAAUUUGCAUAAACAUGGUGGUAAAUCUUAUCUUAACAACCAGAAGGGCCCUGCCUGAGGAGCUGGUUCACAGGGGGUCAACAUUUCAGAUUAAAGGGAUAUUCCGGUGUAAAAUUAAUUCAGGGUCAAAAACACUGCGACACCGAGUUAGACAACCCCCUCAAGAGAGGAAUGUUGCUGAUCACUUGCUUCUCUAGUUACACCAACUUGAGUAACAACCCCACAAUUGCAAUACACAGUGGUCACAGGAGCCACAUGCUCAACCAAAAAGCCACUCUAUAGCCACAAAUAAUGCUCAGAACAGCACCUAACUUCAUCAACAGUACAUAUAGGGUCCCAGCCACAGCACUAGCCACCAAACAUCUUUUUAGCUUCUCCUGAUUUCUUUAGCAAAGAGACUAAACACAACUCACCCACUCGCUUCCAGCAGCCACUUGUUUGUAUCGAGACCUCAGGCGAGUCCAAACUGACUGCAGCGGGGUGACGCAGCUCAAGGAAGAACAUUUAUGAUCAUUUCUUUUUCAUCUCCUUAAGGUAAUAAUCAUCAUAUUAAUCAUUUUGCACGGCAGACGCGGUGUCUGCAGUCGUUCUGCAGGGCAAAAUGAUACGCCGGAAUAUCCCUUUAAUGCAGUUUGAAGCCAAGCCUAUACAAUGUUUAAAAUUGAUCAUUACAAUUUUAAAAUCAAUUCUAAAACUUUUAGGGAGACAAAGUGUGAGGCUAAAAGGGGGGUAAUGUGGUGUUGUAUUUUAGAGCCAGUGAGAAUGACAUGUGGUUGAGCAACAACCAAAUGUUGUUGUUGUUGUUGUGAUGGAGAUUAAGUGUGGCUGACAGUAAAGUGCUCUUCAGAAAGUUACCCCAUUUCAUUUUGCUCUUCUUUGUUAAAGUGAUUCAGCCACUACACACUACAUCUGCACACUACACUUUCUGAUCUUAAAAGUUUGUUAUGUCUGUUUGAAAUCAAAUUAAGAAAAGAAAUGAAACUGACAACUAUUACCUUUAUCCAUCAGUUUGCAGAUUACUUUGUUGAUGAUCUUGAUAAAGUAAUCUGUUACAGUACAACCUAAAGUGGUGUCAAAUCAUCCAUUUAAAGCAAUCAACAUGGAAAAAGCUGCAAAUCCCUUACUGGAAAAGGCUGAAACUGGCUUUUUUUUCCUGAUAAACCCUUCACAGAUUUAAUCAAUUUAAAAAAUACUUCUAGAGUGGGGUUAAAAGGAAUCAUUUAGACUGUGUAAAUAUAUAAUACCGUGAGAAGAUGUAAAGGGUUGAAUAAGAAAACAACAGAGAUGAAGAUGUGUGAGAGAAACAUAGACAGAGUGGAUGGAGCUUUAUUGGACUGAGGUCACAGAUGCAAUCUGAAUCUAAAGUCCUCUCAUCCCACAUCGCUGCACAGGGGGAUGGGGGUGGAGGGGCCUUGCUUCAGCCCCAAAGCUUCUUAUGUAACUGGGAUUUAGUUUAAAGUCUCUCCGGCGCUGCUGUAUUAAAUAUGAUUAGUGGCGCUCCUGCUGUGCUCUCCCCUCCCAAGAAACUGUGACGUGACGACGCCCACAGGCCUCCACGUGCAGCUCUGCGCUCAGAAUAAUGAGUGUUGUAUUUUUUCUACCCAUGCAAAAAAGACAGCUUGGGGGGGGGGGGGGGGGGCAGGCCAAGUGGAUGGGUCACUGGCUCUCAUCCUCACAUGUUCCUCAUACAAGCAGCAUCCACUGUAUUGACACAAGGUGGGCUCCCCUGUCAGUGCUCUUUAAUUCACAGAGCACAGCGCCACGCUGCAGAAAUUCUUGGAAGGCAUCGCAGCUAAAACACACAGAGACAAACUGGUCAAACAAAGGGAAUUUACUCUCCUUUAUCUCCUCUAGAAUUACGGGCUGGAGACUGAGAAUCUGAAGACUCUCUCUCACAAGCUCAAUGCAUCUGCAAAGAACCUGCAGAACUUCAUCACAGGCAGGCGGCGCAGUGGGCAUUACGACGGCCGAGCCACCCGCAAGCUGCCCAACGACUUCCUGACCUCGGUGGUGGACCUGAUUGCUGCAGCCAAAAGCCUUUUAGCUUGGCUGGACAGGUGAGAAUUGCAAAAAGGUGCAUGUAUUUUACAGUAAAACCAGUGAAAAAUCAACCUAUGUGUGGACAUUUUUGGGUCCACAGAAAAACUAGGGGGUCGACUUCACAGGGGGGGAAUUCACUUCAAUGUUUACAACAAAAGCAUUGAAUACAGACAUUAAACAUAAGUUAAACAUACAGGGGACUGUUAUUUAGGUGGUUUACAUUCAUCAGAAUAUAAAACUAGUGAUGCACGAUAUGAAAAAUUUCAACCGAUACCGAUAACCGAUAAUUUUCUUCUUCUCACGGCCGAUACCGAUAACCGAUAAAUUCAUAUUUUUACAUUUAUUAUAAUCUUCAUAUAAUCUGCAGUUUGUGCAGGAUGCAGCGAUUGAAAACUGAUAUUUUUGUUGCUCUCGCCUAUCUAGAACAACAAACAAAAGUUUUUGGCUCUUCAAAUGUGGUAAUUUGCUAUAAAUAACAAUAACAGAGCAAAAAGCAGAACUUCAUUUGAUCCCCUGAACUGUUCAACAGAACUGUAAACUGUAAAGGAGCCAUUAUGAGCCGUUAGGCUUAGCAUGCUGACCGGACUAACAUCUGACGUCCAUAUGUCUGUGGUAAAACUCACGUGCAGUCCGUUCUUGUCGAUCAGGUUGUGAAUGUAUGUGGCGACAAUAUCAUAGAGUGCAGGAAGAGACACAUCCGAGAAGAAGCGGCGGCUUGGGUGAGUGUAACGUGGCUCCAAGUGUGCUAUUAACUUGUGAAAACCCGGGUUCUCAACGACGGAAAAAGGCUGGUCGUCGACCGCUAUGAACUCCAUCACUUUGUCGUUAAUGGCUUUAGCCUUUUCGCUGUCUCUUGACAAGCUUUUGCAGUUUUUAAACGCCUGCUGAAUGGGGACAUCGAUCCUCCGUAGUGUUGUUGUCUUAGCUUUAGUACCGCUAGCAGCUUCGGCGGCUGUCUCAUAUUCUUUUAAUACCGCUUCGCCGCGAUGGCGACUUUUCAGAUGAGCUAUCAGAUUCGUUGUGUUAAAACUUGACGUCUUCUUUCCUCCUCUUGAAAUCCUCGCUGAACAGGUUUUGCAUAUAGCAAUGCUGUUGUCAUUUUCUGCCACUGAGAGAAACGACCAUGCUGGUGAAGACAUUUUAUUAUCUGUCAGGCAGUGACGGGGUCAGGCUUGGGACCUGCGAGUAAGGCUUGAUAGACGACGUGACCAGCGAGUCUUGGACGGGCGGCUACUCCGCCUGCAAACGUUACUCGUAAUUUCAUUAAUAUAUCGGAUCUUUCUAUCGGAAAAAUGCACCUAUCGGACCGAUAAAAAAUGACGUAAUUUCCCCCCCCAAAUCGGCCGAUAUUUCAUCGGUCCGAUAAAUAUCGUGCAUCCCUAUAUAAAACUCUUUGGAUCAAGACCACUACACCAGAGACAUGUCCAGAUGUUUUGACUGGGGUGACCUAACUGAGCUGCUGAGUCAUGCAGAGGUGGCAUAAAGUCUGUGCACAAACACGAGUAAAUGUAAUUUAAUUAUCAUUUCUGAGUCCACUCAUGUCCGCUGAAACAACUUACACUAUUAGAUACUCAGUUUUACUGAACCAUCUUUAACUGUAUAAAGUACUAAAACAAAAAUUUUCAGUAUUCAUUCUCCAACAACUUAAAAAUAUGUUUGUCUGGGGGGCUGCGGGCACCCAUCCCUCACACAGGGGGCCCUGCAUGGUUGUGGCUCCUUUUCUGCAUGUUUCCUACUCUUUUCUCCCUUUCCUGCUCUAUGAACUCUUUUAUCCUCUACAAAAAGCCUUAAAAAUUGUGUCCGAGGCAACAACUACUCAGAAAAUUCAAAGUUAACAUGGAAAUAGUGCAGAAAUGAGAAAACAGAAGAAAAUGUGUAACACUCAAAUGCAAAGAAAUCCACCAGAGGCUUAUCACAAAAGAAUUGAUUUCAACCCAAGUCAUGCCUCUACAUUGUUCAACCCCAAUUACAGAACUUGAUGGUUUGCAAAUCGUUGAAUUGGAAAUAGUGCAAAGACUAUAAAUCAAAUGUUUUCACAGAAAACUGUUUUUGUUCUAUCUAAAAAAUGUUAAUUUUAAAUGCAAUGCCAUGUUUUCAACAAAGCUGCGACGGGCAUGUUUACCACUGUGUUGUAUCAUCUCCUUUUCUUGGAGCAAAAGAGACAAGUUUCUGAAGUUUUGAACGGAAAAUGUUAAUCCAUUCUUGCCUGAUGUAGGAUUUCAACUGCUUAAAAGUUCAGGGUCCCCCAUGUUAAAUUUCUGUAUCAUGAUGAGGCAAAUAUUUUCAAGUCAGUAACAAAUUGAGACUGCAGACUUAGGCCAGCUUAGCAUCCAGACUUUUCUACUACAGACCCGAUUGUUGAAUUAAGUGCAAAAUCAAGAUUGGCACUGUCUUGCUCUUGAUUGCAGUUUUCCCCGAAAGAGUCAUGGUUUGAAAGGCAGCAUGUGUUGGAUAUAUUAUUGGAUAUAUUGUUAAGCACUGGUUGUGCCUUCCUACUUGUGUAAACUUGCCAUGCUUUUGGCCCUUUUGCAUACCCUCAGGACAGUUUUGGACCAUAUUUUAACCUGUAUGUAUAUACAAUGAGAAACUUAUGCAUUGGCAGUAUAGUUUUAGAAGAGAUUUUAGCCCAUGCAGAGAUUUCCAGUGCAUAGCCAUGUCCAUUUUUGAUGCUGUGCUGGCAGAGGGUCUUGAGAUUGUGGCCAUCUAGUGUCAGCGUUGUCCCUUUUGUGCAGAAAUUUCACCAGAUUCUCUUUUACUGAUUUUAUGUCCUGUUGUAUUCUCAUAUGCUCAGGAACAUUAUUCUGGAUUUGCUGAAUUAUUUCCCCACCCAGUCUUUCACAGACUGUUGAGUCUCUUCCCAUCUUUACCUCUGAUAGACAGCCUCUCUGGAGCCCCCUCUUUCUGCCCUGUAAUGUUGCUAAGCUGUUGUAGUUAAAUGUCAUCAGAUGGGAAAUGUUCCUUUGCAUAGAUUUAAUAAAAAAAAGGUUUUUGAAUUACACAACUUUUUCAGUAAUUGGUUGUCCCUUUCCCAACUGUUUUGAAACGUGUUGCUGGCAUCAAAUCAGGAAUAAGUUUUUAUUUUUCAUAAAACAAUAAUACUUUCAGUUUCAAAGUUUGAUUUGUUGUCUUUGCAUUAUUUUCAUUUAGGUUUUAAACGUUUUUCAAACCAUGACAAUCGAUUUUUAUGACUGUUUAGCACUGCAUCCUGACUUUCUAAUACAACCAAAGCCCCUGCAUGCAAAUAAAUUCAUCAACUAAGUUCCUUUUUUAAAUUGUGAAGCCCAGCAACAACAAUUAUAACAGAUUUCCAGUAAUUUCUGUCAUCUUUUAAACUAAUGAAGGCAUCCUUGUGUUUUUUAGCAAAAAAAACACAACCAUACAUUUCAGCUGAUUAUAGAUAACGAAUGGUUUUCCAUUUUUCUUUAAUAUGUUGUUUUAAUCGAGCAUCACUCAUCAGUUUAUUUGGUGUGGCUGAAGGAUUUUAUCAUGUCUUUACUUCUUACAGACCAGUUUUGUCUUUUAUGUUAUGUCCAUGCCCAAUGAGCUGACAAGAAAAGAUGAGUAAAGGCCUUAUAUAAGAAGACUUUGACAGGGUGGCCAAAAAGGCACAGAGCAAGUCUAUUUAUAUGUUUCCUUAUCCCUUCCUUCUCUGUGGGAUUCUGCCAAUGUGUUUGUGUCUGUGAAUGUGUGUGUUUAUGUGUGUUUGAUGAAUUUGAAGUUCAAAGCAGACAGCUUUCGACAGAAAUAACAAAAUGAAUCAGUCUUUCUUUUCCCAUGAAAUCGUCAUCUGCAUAAUCUUUUACGUCAGCGCUAAUUAAAAUUCAAUAUCAAACAAUGCAUUUUCAUGUUAGAAGGCAUCAUCGGUGACAAAUUGCACUUUGUAGUAUCAGUGUGAUGCUGGGGGUGUUGUAAAUGUGCUCGGGAGACAGAUGGGAAAUGAAAAAAAUAAAAAUUUUCAGGCUGUUUGUGACUAACUUUGACCUGUGUCAGCUUCUGUUGCUUGGAUGAAUUACAGUGUUGUUUUUAGUCGUAUAUUUUAUUGUUGUAUUUACUACUAAGGUUGUUUGUUCUUAUAUUUCUGUCAUUCUAAGACUAGUAUGAUUGUUCACUAAACUCUUACUUGUAAAACACACUAAUUCCAAACUGCGAUGUAUAAUGUAGUGAAAUAGACAUUAUGUGUUAAGAAAUGUUACCACAUAUUUACCAAUGAUUUAGUCUCAGAGGAAGAAUGGUCUAAUGGUUCAUUUCAGGUGCUCUUUCUUUUUCAGGUCUCCGUUUGCUGCAGUCGCAGAUUACUCUGUGACAAGAAACAAUGUGAUCCAGCUGUGUCUUGAGCUCACCACAAUUGUACAACAGGUAAACAAACCGUCCAGCACAAUAAAACUAUCAAGGAAAAACUGUCAGAAAAACAUCCAGCCUCCAAUAUCCCCGCGGCUCUUUACAAGUAUUUAUUUAUUUUUUUUAAAUGAAUGGUACUUUAAAGCUCCUGUAAGGAACUUUAUGUUUGUGUUUAUUUUUGCACCCCCUGAAAAUAUAGAGGUGGUUGGUCAUCCCUUUUUAUAAUGACCUCAUUUACUUUUGUGGGUCAUAAAUAGGCAUCAGUCUUUAUUUCAUUGGGUUACAUGACCAGUUAAAAUCCCCCACAGGAGCUUUAAUACGUGACUUUUUUCCUUGUGGGAUAAAGUUUUGAACAGCAGAAGGUUUCCCUGCAAAAACAACAGAUUUCUGCAGUCAGUACAGGAGAUGAAGUGUGCAUUUUAAGCACAAACACUCUAAUUUUGUACAUAAAAAAACACUGCUGCCCAAAAGCAAUAAGCUGCAAUUAUGUUUUUCUUUCCAAUUUGUUGGAUAUUCUCUCACAAAAAGACAGACUUCAUUGUUUGUCUCAGCUUGUGGAUGGUGACACUCACAGUCAACCCUGUUUGAACCUGGAAGACCAGAAAACAAUGACAGCAGUGAUGCUUAAACUGUUUGUAGGACAGUCUCUGCAGAGGGAAAUGUUUAUGUGCAGUUGAGAGAAAAAAUCUAAGUGGGAAAAAUUGAAGGUGGGAGUGAAAGAGGGCGAUCAGGAGAGAGAGAGGAAGGCAGAGAAAGGAAGACUGGCAAAGGAAAAGAGAGAGAGAGAGAGAAAGAGAGGGACGUGCCUCCGCAGUGGUGAUUCAUUUGUUUUGUGUUUGUGCAUGGCUGUGUGGGAGUGUUGGGGGUUAUAGGUGCCAAGCUGCUCGGUUUUUUGUUUAUAUCCACCUACAGCAGAAAUGCCAAUAAUAACUCCAUUUUGACACGUUCUCUUGAGGUAACAGUGCUCUCUGAAUGUUCCCCAGGACUGCUCUGUGUAUGAAACAGAAAACAAAAUCCUUAAUGUGGUGAGUUCAUGACUUUAUUCCCCUUUGUCAACUACAAAACAACCUUUAGUACUCACGCUUUAGGAUUGUAUUCAUAUCUGAUAUGUCUUCUCCAGUGUAAAACCCUGUCUGGAGUGUGCGACCACAUCAUCUCCCUGUCCUCUGAUCCCAUGGUGUCCCAGGCUGCACAUCUGGAGGUUGUGCAGCUUGCCAACAUCAAAUCAACAGAGGGACUGGUAAGACUAAGCCCCAGUAAGCCUUUAAGAAAGACCCACAUUUUGGGGCUUCAUCAUUAAGAAACGCUCUAAGCAUCUGUAGUUGCACUGAAGGAGCGAGAACCAAUUUAUAAGCAUUUGACAAAAACAUUGAAGUGUUAGGAAAUGAAUGUUAUACCUGCUGGCAAAUGCAAAGGGGAGAAAUAUGUGCAUUUUUUAUUACCUUACUUCAACUGAAAUUUUUCAUCACAAACCCAAAAUUACUUUUCUUAAAACGUGUUGGAUAAGUUCAAAUGAAACUGAGUAUCUUAUAUCACUGUCAAGUUGAAACAUUAGACCACUUGUUGUAACUUACAUGAAACUGAACAUAUCAGCUGAAGGUAAAGUUAUGUGAAGCAGGCUACUGCAGGAAUAUUUGUAUCGUCAUUUUGGUCCUCUCCAUACCUGCCAACACUCCCGUUUUUCCCAGGACUCCUCCGUAUCUCAGAUCUAUCUCCCGCCCACCUCCUGUAUUGUCAUUUCUCCUGGGAAUCUCCCGUAGUUAGCAUGGUCCACAUUCAUUCAUGAAUUGGAUCACUAUAUUUUUCCAAAGUUGCCAGCUUUCCAGACAACUGAAGAUUCUCCUGUGUUUCUGCUGAGACUCACAGACACUUGAUUGAUACUUUUAUUUUACAAUUUGGGAUGAUUCAGGUCGGUUUAAGCUGUAAACUAUAUCUAAGCAGUGUUUGUUGCAAAAUGAACUCUUCAAUGAAAGGGAAACAAACGCGAGAUAAAAUAUUUACGUUGAUAGUCUUGCACCAUCUCUGAGUGAUGCGUUCAGGGCAGCCUCAGAUAAAAUAGUGCUGUAUUGCACACAUACAUUUUAGGACUUUAACACUCAUAUUAGUGGACAAAAAUAAGUUCAAGGCAUAUCGUAGCUUUUUUUUUUCAUUACCAUUUGUUAUUGUUGAAACAAACAAGUGUGCAGCUUCACUUGUACUUAUUUGAAUGAGCAAUCUAAUUACAAAUACUCUAAUAAUUAGCUCAUAUCCACCAUACAAGGUAACCCCAAAACUGCCCGGUGUGCGCCGCAAAAAUCUCUCAGAUUUUAUAACCCAAAUGUUUGCAGGUAUGGUCCUCUCUCAGUUUCCCUUCUACUCGACACCUUUAAACAUAAACAGGGCAAAUGUCACAUCUAUCAUCACUGUUGCUAACACUACUCUUCAUGGUUUCAAUCAGUUCGCAGUGUUUUAUAGCUUAAAGAUGUACUGAGUCAGCUCUAUCAGAGAUGGUUGCGGCCCAAACUUACAUUUUUGCCACAGUGUCAACAGGCAGAGGUGUUAAGAUUGACUCAUUUUAUGGUUGAAGUUUUUCAUGGUGUGAUAAGGUUGUCCCUGGAGCUGCUUUUACUCAUUAGACUUAAUCUCCAAUCAGGUCAGGUAUUUAAAACAGCUGGAUAAUAUAUUCAUUUAUAUGCUACCAAAGGUAUUUUGACGUAUGGUGCUCCAGUCACAUGCUGUGUAGCUUUUAUGAAUCAACCAAAGUGUUGAUGCUGGCUUUCUUUACUCAGCGGCGUCAUUCUGCAAACUCUCCUCCCUGGUAAACACAACCGUCUGUGAGAGGCGCACAAGCCAAACAACCACCACACAUGAUGCAUCUGCACUCCAAAACAGUACAUUGUAGUUGAAAUAUGAAGCUGUUGAAUUGUUUUCCAGGUUUGGUGAAAAACAGGAAAAGGCUUUCAAAAGUAAAGUACGACAUUUUCACAAAUACUUCUGAUGCUGCUGGUGGAAAAAUCUACUAAUUACAGAGAUUGAAAUGGCAUGACUUUGAUAGCAUAUUGACUUCUGUUUGAUGCUAAUAAGGCAUGAGCAAACUAUCUCGUGGCAUGUAUCCCACUCACUGCAAAAUGCAGUUUCUCAAUCACUUGUACUAACACUGCCUAAUUUAUGUCUUUCUAGUUAAUAUUCUUCCUCGUGAUAUCACAGUUUGUUCCCUCAUUCUUGUGAUUCAUGCACCAUGAAGGCUCAUGUACCACAUGAAAUACAAAAACUAGAUACUUUUAGGUUUGGUCGAUUCUAAUUACUAAACACAAAUUUGCCUAUUUAUCCUUAAAGAUGCAGGAGUUCAUUGCAUUGAAAAAUUGCGUUUUAAGUGAAAACACAAAUCUUUCCUUUUCCCCCUGUUUCUGGGGUCAAUGCGCUGCCCAGAACCUUGUUUCUUGUCUUUGUUUUUUCAAACAUUACCCUUGGUAAAGGAAUAUUGAGUUAAAGCAUAAAUACUGUGAUGUGCCGUUGUGUCUUUAGAGCUCAUUGCAGCUGUCCCAGAACUGGGUUUUCCUGAGCUCGUGGGCAUAUGAGUCAGCCAACAAAAAGCAACAUGAAAACAGCAUGUCGUCCUUGUAGAAAUGAGCAAAACACAAACUGUUUCAAUACAAAUGUCAGUCUGUGAACUAACUUCUAAGAUAAAUUGGAUACCAUGGUUACAGCUGAGGCAGGGAAGCACUUCUUGUAGACACUUUUGCACACACUGUAUCGUUCGACUCGGUCCUUGCACUGACCUACACUCAGGCACGAGUGUGCACCCUGCUCGGGGCCACAAUAAAAACCCCACCCCCCCUACAGACACACCCCCCCUUACACAAAUGCCAGCAGGGGGACAUGGAAGUUCUCUCAUCCGUUCAGUGAAACCUGAACACAACAGUGGGCCGAGUGGCCUAUAAAUAAACCUCUUUCACUCGACUCGAAGACUGGCAUGCUGCUUCUGUGCAUCUGUGUGUUCUUGUGUCAGAAAGCCGACGUACUAAUGCAAUUGUGUUUUUGAUUGUGCCUUAAAAAUGCCAUUUGAACCAUUUUGAGUUCAAACUUUUCCAGCGACAAAACAAAUGUGUUCUUUGUUGAAAAUAUUUGGUUCAGUCUGCUUGAGGGAGCUUUUGAGUGUGGCCCACCAUGUGACAUUAAAUCAGAUUGUGCUGUGUGUGUGAGAUUUCCAAAAGUACAUCCAUUAGAUAUUUAUGAACCCUCUUGUAGUGACUUUAACUUUUAUCUAUUCAGGAAAAUCUACGAUCAAUGAAAAAAAAAAAGAAAUUGUUUUACUGUUUCUCAGAAAAAGUGAGAUUAUUUCAUUUUUUUUGCACUCCAAGCUGAUUAAAACAAAUACCAAGAUUGGUAAAUAUGCUAUGACCCUGAUCUGUUCUGUGUGGCUGCGCUGAGUUGCACUGGUUUAAAUGUGUGCGUUCAGUGUUUGCUUUAUGAGGUUGUAAUUUUUCCCUCUGUUAUCACUCCACAGGGAAUGUAUAUCAAAUCAACAUACGACGGUUUGCAUGUAAUCACUGGGACGACAGAAGGAGUGAGUACAAGCUUUUUAUUUUGUGUACAUUCAGAUGGAGGUGGAGGUAACACAGUAAGCAGCCAAUCCCAACUCUCUUUCUCUGAUUAUCCUUUAGUCUCUGGCUGACCGCUGCAAGAAAAUCCAUGCUGGAGAUGAAGUCAUUCAGGUCAAUCAUCAAACAGUGGUAAGACAUUAUCAUUAUUACUCAUGUUUUUUGUCCUGUUUGCUGCCUUCAUUUGCACAGAGUUUUUAUUUGCAUUUUUCAUGGCAGUUUGAAUAAUGUUCAAGCAGAUGUCUGUCUAAUCCUUGUUUUUUACUGAAGGAAACAGCUGCCUCAAAUUUUGCGUGCUGUGAAUGUGUAUGCAGUUUAAAUGAAGGCUUAUGCUGCGAUGUAUCCACAGUCAGCCCCGGCAGCACUUCUGCACCUGUUACUAUUUAAAGGGUGGGCUGUAGUGCCUCUUGUAGGUCUUUUCUGAUGAAUUGGAGAUGUAACUCUGACCUGGUGAAUAUGUUACUUUACUCAGUCAGAUCAUUAAACUCACAAGAGUGCUUCAGUCAAUCAGCAGGAACCUGCUCAGAAUCCUAAACUACAUACAUCAUCUUCAGUGUGGGUUUAGGGCAUUUAAGUUUCAUGAACCCACUCAGUUGCUUUUUCUGAAUUAUUCAGGCCUUUUCCAGGGAAGGUCAUGGAUUUCUCUUGAAUACCAUGUUACUUGACCUGCUGCUGGCUGUGUUGCACCUGUCUGAGCUCGAUAAGCUACGCACUCUAUGUCCUUUUUGGGAGAUAUAGAUAUUCCUGUAUUUUUAUUAAUGAUCAUUUAUCAGUCUUUCAACACCUUCAACACCAGACGUGACCAUCGUACAAGUCAGGGUAAUCUGGCACCUUGUAGUUCCUGGAGCACCUCCUCUUUUUGCGUUCUUCAUAUGGCAUUGACAUAAGUAACAUUGGUUGAGCAUGUUGAUCAAAGGCUUGUAGGUGAAAAGCAGAAAGCCCUCCACAAUGAGGGUGUGAGUCUCCUCCUCCUCCUCCUCCUCCUCGUUGUCAGACUUAGGGACCAUCUCAGUAUCCAGGGUGUUAUUAACGCCAUGGGACUUCUCAACCUUCACCGGAUUGUCCAGUCAUGCGUAGAUUUGUCUCAUUAUGGCGUCCAUGUCCAGAGCAGUGAUGACAUGGCACAGCUUAAAAACCAUCUUCAUCAACCUCAAUCUGAUCCCAGGACUUGAAAUCAUCCUGAUGGACCAAUUUGGGUGCAAUAAAUCAAUUCUUCUCUAUAGAAUUUGACUUAUUUAAAGACAGACCGCCUCAUAGCAAUCAGUUCAGCACUUAUUGUUUGCUUGCAGUAAUAAUACUUUAUGCAAAACCAGCUAUGACUAAUGCAUGCGAGUUUGUUUUUAUGCUCUCUCUAGUCUUUUCACCACUCAAGGCACUUUUAAAUUGCAUACCACAUUCACCCAUUCACACCACAUUCAUGCACUGCUGGGCACAACCAGUGGGAGCAGUUUGGCGUUAAAUGUCUUGCCUGAGGACGCUCCAGGACACACGUCAUGUAGACAGCAGGGUCUGGGAUCGAACCUGACCUUCUGAUUGAGAGACAGUCAAUGUCAACGCUGAUUUACUGACCAGUCACCAGGUUUAAUACUGACAAAAAGGCUGCAAAAGUAUUCAGUAACUUCAUCGAAGAUCAGUAUAGAGUCAAAAUCUCUUCACACUAUCAGAUGUUUUUACAGUGAUUAGUUUUAGAAAUAUGCUUUUACACAAUCCAGGGGCCAUUACUUGCUCCCCCACUCCAAAUCUAGCGUUCAAAUUCAUGAACUCUUUACGUAAGAAGAUUUUCAGACCAACAGUUUUACUUCCACUGAAGUAAAAUGUCCUUAACUGUACUUUUACUUCUGGUUCCAGCCCUCCUAAAAACCCGGAAUUAAAACGUAAUAAUAAUAAUAAAACAUAUAACACCAAAAAUAAUAGCAAACAUGUCUCAGCUUAUGUACUUGAAGCUUGGAGCCACUUCUUUGGUUGAGAAAACUGCCUGUUGCAUUUUUGUACUGAAUAAAAUCAUAAACCUGAUAAAAAAAUACCUCCAAUUAAAGUAAUUGUCAACCAAUAGGCAGCAAAGAUAAAACAGAGCAAAGAGGGGAAGUAGGGUAAUAUGAUGUCGUGUUCGUCAUGUUCACCGAGGUCUCGGAUAGAGGAUUUGAAUGCCUCAAACCCCUGGAAAUCCUGGGCACAAUUGAAUUUAUCCUUCUUAUGCGAACAAAGAAGUUUAGUCACCUUGCAUUAAUCUCAGUUGUUCCUUACUCCAAACUGAGCCCGAGAAGGCGUCAGACAACAAUAGCUGUUGAUUCGCUUGUAUUUGUGAAGCUAAAACUGCGCUAAGUGUGUAUUUCAGAAGGGUACACAGAGUGGCACAAAUUCAGUGGAAAUAAAAGCAAAAAACUUCUCACAGUUCUCAGUUUAAAUAUAGCAUCCUUUGUCUGAAAUAAUUGCUACUUGUGUGUGCAACAGCAAGACGUAUGAUAAUUACACAGCUCAGGCCAGGUUCAUUUCAGUCAGUCAAUUCACACAGUGAAUGCAGCCAUUUUAGAAAGAAUAACUACAAAUACAGAGUUGACUCCAUUAAAAAGACUCUUUCAUCGCACUUUGAAGCAUCAAGUUUAAAGGCUGCCAAAAAUGAGGGCUGGGCGGUGUUGGUGCGUGAUUCUCAUGUGGAGAGAAGUGCUGUGUUACCCAACAGAAAUUCAUGGCAGAUAUGUACCCCCUUAUAGCAGGAACAGUUAUAAUUUAUUACAUUUAUGAUAGAUCAGCAUGCACAGCACCAGACGUGAUGAUGCUACUAAUCAUAUCUUUGUGUUUCAUAUCUACAGUAAGUACAUAAAGGUGAGGAUAACUAAUAGUUUGUUAACUAUAGUGCGAACAGGCUGCAUUCAAUCCCAGAGUUCACCGAGUAUGGAGGUGGUAGUGAAGGAGACACGUCGUGCUGCAGCAGCUGAGUGAGACUGACAGCUUAAGGGAGUGAAAGCAACCCGUGAACUCUGUGUCUGCUAAUGUCAAACUUAACUGUCACUCAUAAUGACGGCCAUAACAAGAUUACAUGCUGUAAAUAUGUUUGAUUUAAAGUGGCCAUAUAGUAAAUGGCGAUUUCAUGAUGGUUGCUUCUUAAUGAAGUGGAUGAUUAGCAGAGAUGAAUCUUUUUGAGAUGUGAAGUGAUACUGCUUUGAGCUAAAUGUGUUUCACUCAAUGUUUUUGUCUCUCUCUCUUAACACAAGAUGAUAAGACACACAAGAAAAAAGUGUUUUUCAAGCUAUAGAUGAAAAAGCCAGGCUCAAGAGAAAGUAUCACAGACGUCAAGGUUUCAAAAAUACCAUUAAGGCAAAAAGAAAUGUUCGAAAUAGUUAAAGGAUCCAUAAUUAAAGCCACUGGGAGAAGUCCAGGAUCAAAGUUCUCAGACUCUGAGUAUCUUUUUUAUAUUGAAAAGCAGAUGUAAGAAUGGCUGCCAGGGCAGGAGUUACAUCAGUCAGAGAACAUGACCAGAAGAGAAAUCCUCAGAGGCAAAAAAACUGCCUUGAGAUUCACUUUUAAAUGUUAUAACAUAUAUAGAAUAGUCUGGAAAGACCCAACAGUGAAGGAAAAAUUGCAAAUUAUCCAGUGCUUCUGCGCCACAAGAUCGAAAGGCUGUAAAACAUUAACGACACUAUGUCAGGAAUAAAUAACUGGAGGCAGCAAUGACAAAUUGAUUUUUUUGAUGCAGGUCAAUAAACAGGGAAGGCUUCAUACCCAUAAAACAAAUCCAUGCAGGACAGUAUAUUUUAACACUGGGGAGUGUGAGCAGCAUCUCAGAGAGGAGAGAGGGGCAGCAAGAAGAAACCAGAGGCUUCAUGUGUUAUUAGAAACAGCUUAAAGCCAAAUGUUUCUGUUGCAUAGCAGCAGAUAGGUAAAAAAAAUCCAAAGUGGGGUUUCACUGCUUUAAAUAACCACAUUUUCAGGCCAGACAUAGCCAAAAAAAUCUUCUCAUCACAGAACAAAGCAGGCUUUGGAUUAUAACAGUAUCUGUUUCUGCCUGUCUGUCUCUUUAAUGCUCUUUCUGCGUGAAAAAUUUCUGUGUAGCGGCUGUCAAGGUGAAAAAUUACUUGGAAAGUGAUUGCUAGGUCAGUGCCUGAAAAAUGCCCGCUUUCUCAGGCUGCCUGAAAUACGCAGGCUGUACUGAAAGUCAGUGCGGCCUUCCAAGCAAGAGGGGAUAUUUCCUCUCUAAACUGGACCUGGCAUAUUUGGUUCAGCAGCAGUCAGUGUUUCUCUGGGCGGGAUGUUUUAUGUGCCAAAUGUCAUCAAAACUGGGUUAAAGACUAUUUACAAGGCAUGCAGCUGUUCACAAAGCACAUUGGGGCUUAGCACAUCAUGACAGUGCUUGCAGAUUGACAUCACAGGAGGUGUGCAAAAUGCCCUUUGGCAUUUAACUCGCACUCGAUUCAGAGCUGCAGGCUGUUCAUCAUCUCGUAACCAUCAAGAUCCACAAGUUGUAUUAAAUUAACAACCAAAACAGCUCCUUGCAUUAAAUCAUGUGUGGCAAGCUGAGCUCAGUCAGGCAGAAAGACAUUAUGGUAUGUGGAAGAGUAACAGUAAACUGCACAAAAGCCUCGUCAUCAUCUGGUUUUUGAUUUGUCGGUUUGAAGCCUGCAGGUUUUGGUGGUUUCAAUCUUGGUAUUUUUAGGCAAAAGGUGACCAUGUUUCGAUAACAGGAUAGAAAUACAUUCAUACACCUGUAUCCUAAUGAGGAGUAUCCUAUGCUCUAUCCUAGCAUACACCUCGUCAUGGUUAAGUGUGGAGGUGCAGGUGGGGGAAGAGGAGCAUGUACAUGCUGUGUCCAAGAAUACUGCAAAAGCAAAUGGGAUUUCUGACAGCGAAGUAGACCGCUGAAAAAUUUCCCGAUCGAGUGUACACUUGUGCUGAAAAUGGUGCUUUGUAAAUUAAAUGUUGUGGAUGACCUGUCUGAAGCACUCGAUAGCCUAGCUGCUGUUCUGCACCUCCAGACAGUUUCUCAACAAAUGGGCUGGGCUGACCAGGAUCCUCUAGGUAUUACACUUACCAUUGACAAGUAGCUCAUCAGAAUCAGAAUGCCUUUUAUUGUCAUUAUACGCAGUACAAUGAGAUUAAAGCCACCCAUAUCAGUGCAAAUAUAAAAAUAUAGAAAGUAUGAAACAAGAUUAAUAUGAAGUAUAUACAAUGUAAACAUAUGAACCUGAGAUUCUUUUUACAGGAUAAUAUGGUACAGAUAUGCAUAAAUGUAAUAUGUAACAGUGUAAAAUAUAAAGUGCACAGUCCUGAGAUCCUAUUAACAGAAUAAAUAUGGUAAAUAUACAGAAAUAGAAUAAAUGUAAUGUGCAGAUGAAUGUAUAUUGUCCAUCAGUGAUUUGGAAUAUUGCACAUGUUUAGGUAUUGCACAAAGGGAAGUCAGUGCGUGUUGGAGUUCAGCGUGGUUACGGCUUUUGGAAAGAAGCUGUUUUUGAAUCAGUUAUAUCAUACAACCACAUUAGUAUAAAUCGAGUAUAAAUCUGAUUUGGUUACGUACAAUCUAAUUUAUUCAUGUAACUGUUCAAGUACCCCCCACUGACCAGGUAAAAGGAUGUGGAUUUGAACCAAGAGGCGUCAUAUGUCCAAUACUGCAUAAACUGGAUAUAUCUUUAAUCCCAUACCUAGCCUUGGAUUUGUAAUCCACAUCAAAACACUAGCUGUGAAAUCCUGCUGUAUGAAUCUUGAGGAAGCCUGUGUGUUUAGGAAACUCUCAUCAAGCUGUUGUUGUUGUUUGUCAGGUGGGCUGGCAGCUGAAGAACUUGGUGAACUUGUUGCGUGGUGACCCUGCAGGUGUCACCCUGACGUUGAAGAAACGCCCACAGAGCACACUUACCUCCACUCCUGCUCUGCUCAAGAACAUGAGGUGGAAACCACUGGCUUUGCAGGUACAAAGGCUACUUCUGUCCAUGAAUAUGUAUGUGCACGUCUGUGUUUCUCUACAUUUAUAUUUGUGUUGAUAUGCAGUUGUACUGUAACGUGUGCCUCUGUCUUUGCUUGUGCUAAAAAUACAACUGCACAGACUAUGGAUGCUAAAGGAUAAAAUCCCUUGUCAGACUAUAAAUAGCCUCACAUGUGCAAUGUGUAGGAUGGAGGUAGGAUGCAAUCUAAUACAAGAGCGAUGAGCCAAACACUCACUUAGUUUGACUUAAAAUGCUCACUUUUUGAAGCUCUUUCUGAGGCCUAGUUGCUGUGUGUAUGACCCAUAUUUUGCAGGCACAGUUUUGUUGUGUCCACCUACUUUUUGCACCAUGAUUUUCUACUAAAUGUUUGAAGGUUUCAGGAUUAUUCAUUCCCACACUGACACUUCAGCCCUCAGUGGCAUCUGUUGUCCUACUUCGGCCAAGCCAAUAACAAUAUUAGGAUUGUGUGCCCAAGCCAGAAUGGGUGGAAAUAAGAGGGAUGAGUAUUAAUGUAGCCCAGCCUUUCUUUGAGUCGCUGGCCAGAGAAAAUGUUUUCUCCCCCCUCAAGGCCCUGAAGCGCAGUCCUGCUCAGCCCCCACCCCUCUACACUUCACAUCACAUCCUCAUACCUUUUCUCCUUUGCCUGAAUCGAAUUCUUUCCCCCUGGUGGCAUUUUUUUCAAGGCAGAAAAGGGAAAAAAACUGAAGCGGUAGUUUUUCUCGUUCUAUGAUGUGACUCAAAUGAAGAAGUUAUUCUGUUAGGUUAAAGGAUGUGGUACUGCGGAGGCCCUGCAGUAACUCUGUCACACAUAAUGGUGUAAUGAUGGAGCACAUCUCCUGAUAAUAAAUCUCAGAUAUUAGUCAGCUGUGAGUUACGUAACAUAUUUGCAUAGUUUGAGCAGUGACAAAUUAGUAUUCUGUUGUUGGGAGAAUUUCUCACUCGUUUAACAAGCUCUCAGGCGUUUCUGGAAGUCCAUGUUUUAUCUCCUCAGAACAGGAAUCAUGUAAACUGAUUACAUCUGCUGUCAGUUCAGAUUGAGUAAAUGGAUUUCUAAACGCUUCUACUGAUCAUAAAUUUGUCAACGGAUAGUCAUUAAAAACACAUAUUUUCGAUGAGGUGUCAUGUGUAAGUGAAGGAGCUAUCUAUUUUCAGGUUAGUCCAUGCAGACUCCGAACAAGUUCUCCUCGACCCAAAUGAGAGGGAUGACCCGACUGUGCACCAACCUUUGCACACUAGUUCGAACUGGAGCAUCCGAAACGUGCUGCAUGCUGCUCAUUUCAUGCUCGAGAUACUCCUCAGCUCAGUCUGAGCUGAACAAAUGGUGCCUGACUGACUGACUGAGCUGAUGCUCAACUUCAGAUUUUCAAUGUGUCCAUUCCUGUAACCGUUCCCUCUCUCUCUCUCUCUGUCUUCCUCCCUGUCCGGCUGUCUCUCUCUCUCUCUCUCUCUUUCUCUGUUUCACAUGCUGACACAUAUACACACACUCGCAUUCACUCACACACAGCCAAUCUUCCCUCAGAGCCCCAGCAGCAGCGUGGCCACGCCCACCAGCACGUUAAGCACUCCAUCCAGGAGGAGUAGCUGUGCCCUGCAGGACCUCUACAUCCCCCCUCCUCCUGCAGAACCCUACACCCCCAGGUGAACACACAGUUUCACAAAUAACCCUGCCAAUCCCACGUGGAGUUUAUGACAAUUUCUCACACUCAAAGCAGCGUUUCUGCACACAUAAAGGACAAGUAUACACACAAGUAAGCUCCGUACACUUUCUUGCCAAAGGCUUGAUGUUCCUCUACAGAUUGACCUUUCGUGGUGGUGACACAAAGUGUCGCAAUGCAGCCACAAAGACAAUGGAGAAGAAGACAAACAUAGCAAGCCAGAAAACAGUGAAACAAACAAUGCAAGAUUUAGAAUAUUAAAAUAUUUAAAAGACUGGCUUCACAAGUGUUUUCUGGGGAAUGAAGAGGAUCCACAGGAUGCAGCUGAGCGUGUAAAACUGUGAAAACUUGACUGAAGAUAGUAACAAACCAAAAAAAAGUGACACCUUUUAUAUUUUGUAUCACCUGCUCGGGGGCACACUGAAAUGUCUCAACAACUAUAGAAUGGAUCACCAUGCAGCUUGACGACUUUGGCAAAUUAUAACAAUAUUUAAAAGUUAUGUUCUUGAUAAAUUAAACCUUUUUUGGAUGCUCUUAUUGUUCUUUUCACUGACCGUGCAGAGCUGUAAUGUACAUCACUAGGAAAGCUGCAGUGUAUUUCUACAGUUCGUGUUGUAGAAUUUCUUUUUGCCCUUUUUGUUUACAAUGUUUACAAUUUAAUGUGCAGAAAAAAACUGUGAUAAUUAGUGAUAGCAAAAGAACAGUCUAUUGACUUUUCUCUGGGAAGACUGGACUAGUAUCGACAAUUGUGCCAAGAAUUGUGCAUCUUUUCCCUUCUUUCUGUUUUGUUAGGUUUCACUAAUAUUCAAAUGCAAAAACACCAAUAUAGUUUUGCAGUCUGUGCAGUUUGCUCUGUGUUGCGAUUGAUAGUUAAGAUGAGCUGUGAGCAUCUCUACUCUUUGCUGCACGGAGCUGUGCUGUGCGCUCUCAUCCAGAUGACAAUGAAACCUGUCCAUUUACAGAUGAUGAGCUGAGUAGGGAGGGGACCCUUCUUAUCUUGGUUCAUUUAAAUAAAAAAUAAAAAAACAGCCUCAUGUCAUCUCUACACUUUUGGAAAAGUGCACUGCAAAAAGGGAAUUUCAAGAAAGGAAAAUAGCCUUGUAUCAAGGAAAUAAGUCUUAUUUUUUGUACAAAAAGAAUACUAAUCUUAUCAAGCAUGUUUGGCAUUAGAAAAAUUAUCUAAUUUUAAGAGAAAAUGGGUAACUUUUUUAUAAGAUAUUCCAGCUAAUUUUGAGAUGGAAUGAACCAGAAAUAAAGUAGAAAAAUGUUUUAAAAUAAAAUCCAGCGGAGCAACAAGAUCAUUCUUCUCAUUUUAAGAGUAAAACAUAUGUACAACUUCUCAAUUUAAGAAUGCCAUGAAACAAGAACAGUUGAUUUUUUUCAAUUAAGAUUUCCAGUCAUCUGAACCUGACAGAAUCUGCUGCCUCCUACAUUAUCUGACAUAUAAAGAUGUCAGUAGGCUAGUCUGUACAACACACAACAUAAUACAAUGACCAGAUGAAAACUGCAAAACAACAAAGAACAACAAAGAACAUGCUUGCUUGUGGAAUAAAAAAUAUAGAUUUAAUAAGAAUGUUUUGGUAUCUUGAUUUAAGACAACAUCACUUAUAUUUGCUGUGCUGUUUUAAGAAAUUAUGUCUUACUUGAACUACUUUCAUUCUCAUGAAUAAUCCAAGAUUAGGUGUAUUUCUUGAAGUUCAUUCAUUCAAGAGAUAUAUCAGAGUUGAGGCUAACAGAGCUACCACCUCACUGGAUCAAUUUUUGUUUAAGACAAUAAUAGCAAUGCCAAAGUAAGAUUAAUAGACUUUUUGAAUAGAUAUACACUAUGAAAGAGGGACAAUUGAAAGAGAAGAAGUUUGGCUGCAGUUCAGACCUUUAAGGUGAUACUGACAUGUCAGGAAUAAAAUACCAGUCAAUACAGUUUCUAUGUCUGUAAAGUCAGAAUAGGCCAAGUACAUGAUUCCUUCAACUCAAAACUGCUGGAAUCCAUUUCUGAUCGUGGACUAAAUAUAGAAAAUGAAAUCUUGAAUGUAUCUUUGAUUAUAUACAGCUGUUAUCAAGAGCAAACAUUAGAUGGCCCCAUUUUCAUGUGUUUUCUCUCACAUCAUUCAAGUCUUUUAUGACGUAUUCUGUCUGCUUCAUAGAGAUGACAAGGGAAACCUGCCAGGUGAUGAUUCUCAAUCGGAUGUUCAUGUCGCUGAGGGAUCUGAGUCACCAAACUCCUAUCUGGACCAGGAGUGCCGGGGACAAUUCCCUAUGGUGGAGGAGGACACCAUACUCUAUUGCUAUGAGUACGACCAGAAUCAGGAGGUCUCAUCAGUCCGCAGGGGGAGCACCCCCACCUAUGGUAAGGCCUUGACCUCGUCUGAGAGCUCCCUGCUGCCCUGACGCCAAGCGUUCACGAGACAUGUGCUCUGGAGACAUUUUAAGACGUCUAUGCGUCUUUGGCGUGAAGGUAGCUGACUAAUGUAGAUAUUAACCGUUCCUCCAGGCAGGCUCAGGCCCAUCUCCAUGCCCGUGGAAUACAACUGGGUGGGAGACAACGAAGACCUGGCCAAGCUGAAAAGAGAGAGCAGGAGAGGUGAGUGGGAGGCCGUGGGAGGGAGAGAAAAAACAGGGAGGCAUAGAAAAGAAGGGAGACAGAGAGGGACGGAGAGCAAGCUGAGGUGAGUGGGCUGAUAUCUCAUAAUAUCCUCACCCUCUCAGAUCUCUGAGCCAGGAAGUAGAGGGAUGAGCUGGCCUGUCAAAACUGAUAACAUGCUGGAUAUCAGUUCUUACCUCUAUCUCCUCCGUAUGUUCAUCAUCUUUCUCUGCUCCCCUCUCCCUCCAUCCCUUUCUUCUUGCUCUCAGCUGUGCGUUUCUUUCUGUUUGGAUAUAAAAAGUACACUGUUGCUUUGGCAACCGUGGAGAUGCAUCCAGAGAUUUUCACAUUUUGUUGGGGACUGUCGAGAAGGUGGUGAAUGGAGUAGGAGGGAAAUGAUUUGCUUUAUUUCAGCCUCAAAGAAAGAUUUGAGUGAUGUGUUUGUUUCCUCUGGGGACAAUGGUGAUAUGUUGCUCCUUUGGGCUGUUUUCAGAAAAAGUGAUGAUGCUAUAUUUAUCUACAAGAGGCCGUAUUUGGGAGUUUGAGGGCCUCCUGCCUGACAACAGUCUUCUGCUGAUGAUUAUUAAUGCUUUUCAAACAGGAGGUCUUUGAAAACAUCAGUAUUCACUGUUCUCACACAGUCAUCAUUAAAUCACAGACAGCUCAUCGCUCUUACAGUAGAUUACACAAAGUUUGAUCGUGAACGAUUGCAGCAGUUAAUAUGUGAUUAGAAGUCCUGGGAUGGGUUGGAAAUUACUCGCUCUAUUAAUCAGGAUGUAUUCCCACAAGAACAUGGGAGUAUGUGAUUAUUCAGAUGCAUUUUUGGCAACUUAUUUGAGCAAUAUGCUGGAGAAAUUAACGUUUGAAAAUAAUGGUGUUUGAAUUAAAAAUGUUGUGCCGCUCUGAGAUUCUCUUCUGUUGUGUCUCGUCAGAGAAUUCCCUGCUCCGUUUUGCAAGUGAAGAUAAAGCCCCGGGGGAAGACUUCCUGCUGGGACGUAGUCUGAGUCAGAACAGAAGGAAGACAGAGAGAGGAGCCAGUCCCACACAUUACACACUUGUCCCCGCCCUACAGAUGGAAGUCCCUCUGUCCACAUCCAGCUCGGACUCAGCCUCCCUUUACCAUGUUAGUCUCAUAAAAUCACAUUUUUCUGCUCUAAACCAACAAAUCAAUCCUUUGUUUGUAAUGACUCUUUUUUUCCUUUAUUUUGCAGGUGUUUGAAAGAUCCUCGCUGCUCUCCCGGUCAAAGAAGAAGAGUAAAGGUAACCUUUAACUCAGGUGCUCUGUUCACUCAAACCUAACAUGAACAGGUGUUACUAUAAGAGUGUUGUUGUUUCAUCUUUUUGGGGGUUUUGCUUCCCUGCUGGUGUUUUGCAGCUGGUAGUCCCUUGUCGUCUAUCAGUAAGCGGAGGAUUUCCUGCAGGGACCUGGGCCAGGGUGACUGCGAGGGCUGGCUGUGGAAGAAAAAAGAUGCUAAAACUUAUUUCUCGCAGAAGUGGAAGAAGUACUGGUUCAUCCUGAAAGACACAUGCCUGUAUUGGUACAUGAAUGAGGAGGUGAAUAUGGGAUUUUGAAAUCCACAUCAUGAAGCUUUUAUCGAUGAUAAGAUAAGUAAGUUAUUGAUCCCCGAGCAGAUUAAUAAAGCCAUGAUUUAAUGCUGCUUUUUCUCUCCGCAGGAUGAGAAGGCAGAAGGUUUUGUCAGCCUCCCAGAAUUUAAGAUUGAUCGUGCCACUGAAUGCAGAAGGAAAUAGUGAGUGCUGAAUUUUACAAACACACAAAAAAUUGAAAAUGAUCUUUCCUAUCAUUAGCAGUUCACAUGGAUUAUGUUGAGGUGAAUUGAGGCCUCAUGUCAAAACUUUCAGUCUUUAGGGAGCCGGUUUGCCUCACAGUUCAAACACUCGCUCCAUAUACAGACACUGUAAUCCGCGUUGCAGCAGUCCCUACUUCAACUUCCUGAUGUGAUCCUACACUGCCUACCUUCCCCCUCUCUCUUCCCCCCACGUUUCCUGUCUCUCUCCAGCUGUCCUAUCAUGAAAUGAAAAAACCGCUCCGAAAAUAACUCCGAAAAAGAUCCAAUCUCAUAGAACCCAAACAACAACUUUCACUUUAUGUUGGAUUCUUACAUCUCUGCUUUGUGCUGAAUAUAAAUGCUAAUUUUAGGGUCUGAAGGCGUCCUUGUUAUUUUCAUUCUCUCGUUUUCUUUUGCUCCGUACAAAUAGACAGAAAGUAAUGUGACUAACCUUUGUAAUAUUUAGAGAAGCUUACGUAGAAAAACCACAAAGGAGGGUGGUGGGUGAGAUUGGGGUCGUCAUUGAUUCAUGAGAGGGGCCUUCAUACUGAACAGACAGUUUUUCCUGCUGAUGUUUUGUUCGGCAGUUCUUAAGCAAAUGUCUUUCUUUAUACAAUAAGCUUUUAAGAAAGUAGCUAUGAGCAUUUAUGAUGAGUCUAUUGUUUAGUAGUGACUGAAAUACUUGCACAUAGAGGUUGAAGAACUUAAGCGAACAUUGGUUUACCUGUCAUAAUGCUGUCUCUUAACCUCUUGAUCCAGGGUUGUUCACAUGAACACACACAGUGACUCAGAUUCUCAAACAGCCUCCGAAAGUAGUUUAUCUGCUCAUGCAAGGUCUUGCUGUUUUUGCAUGUGUCUGAAUUACUGUAUAUAUGAUUAGUACCAGUUUAUCUUGACAGGCUUCUGUAUUUAUAUGUAAAUGUGCGCUUUCUGCCCCCCUCUUGUGCCUACAUCCGAUUAAACAAACCCUCGAUUCCCUUUCAGUGCUUUUAAGGCUUGCCAUCCGAAGAUAAAGACCUUCUACUUUGCGGCGGAAAAUGUAGACGACAUGUCCCGGUGAGUUCAUGAGAGGCUGUGACUGUAAACUCCCCCCAAACCCACGUGUGGCCACAUUUGAAUGCUGCUUGCCGACGAUUGAAAAUCCCCUCCUCACCUUACCUGACCACCCACUCUCCUCAAAAUUGAGCAGUUUGGUGAAAUAAUUACCGCACUCCUCCCACGCACACAAACACACUCAUAAGCACAAAAUGAUGUAACGGAUGUCAAACUGCUGUGCGUCAUGGCUGUGAUUCUUUCCCACAGGUGGCUGAGUCGUCUCAGUAUGGCUGUAGCUGGAUACUCAGAGCAGGAGAAAUUUUGCCAUGACCAAGGUGAGAUUAGUCACAGACUCUGUCUGUGUUCAUGUCUGUGUUCUUGUGAGGGAUAUCUUUGUCUUUUUCUGGUGCACUUUUACAUAAAACUGUUGACACUACACAAAUAAUCUUGCUGUAUACUUGAAGAAAUAUAUAGAUUUAUGUUGUACCAAAUGCAUAGGUAGAAACAUCACUGUUUGCUGUCUAAAGUUUUUCCCCAUCUGCUCCAUUUUUAAACUUGCUGUGAACAAGAAGCUUGGGCUACGGGCCCUGUAAUUUCAAAACGUAAAUCUAAUCAGCAAACUGACUCCCCGUUGAAAAUGUCUUCAGAAAAAAAUAAUGUUUACCAAAUGGUAGAUUGAAGAAUUCAUAAUUCAUUAUUUGACCUGGAAGCUUCAACCCUCUAUUUGGAAUUUUUGGAUGUUUAGGAAAUAUAUCAAAAUAUAUAUGAAUGCAUCUUUGUUUCUGUUAAGCAAAGAAAGACAUUCAACAUUAAGGUUGAAUAUUUCUAUUUGGUUUCUUUUUAAUAGUUGAAUUUCAGAUGAAGUAAUCAACUGCAUGAUCCAGAGGGAAACCUUUUUUUAACCUGUUUUCACAAGAUCAUGAAUAAGUGGCACAUUUGACUGUUUAACACUAAUCACACAUGUGAUAGAUAUAGUCAGCAAAAGAUAAGAGGUAUUAUUUUGUCUACAGGGGGCACCAAAGUGCACAAAGUAGAAGUCCUUCAACAAAACAUAAAACUUAAGUCAGCUCUCACCUUUGAAAACCUAUAUCUUGAAAAAUUUUACGAGUAGGCUUGUUGACAUGUAGUUGAUUUGAUAUCAAAUCAGUUUGGCUGAAUUUUUAAAAAGUGGUUCUAACUCUUCCUUUUAGCAUUAAGACUCUUCUUUUUGGUAUUUUUUUCAGGCAAAAAUACAGAAUUUAAAUUCAUCAAUACAUCAAAAUAGUGUUUUGAAACAAGUCCUUGGGGAAAAAUUUUACAACACAUUUCCAGAGGACUUUUGACAACAGUCCUCUUCACCUGCACUUCACAUUUAAUUCAAGCGUCGCUGCUUUGAGCUGAAUAUAAAUGCUAAUUUUAGGAGCUGAGGGCUUAUUAUUUCAAUGUUCCGGCAUUUUUUGGCAUCCUAAAAUGGACAGGAAAUAUUGUAACUAUCCAGGAAAGAAACUCAGCACACGUCAAGUGGGUGUUGGGUGAGAUAAGGUUUUGUCGUCGGUUUGAUGACGAGGGGGCUUCAUACUGCACAGACAAGUUGCUAAAUUGGAUCCUUAACACCUCCAGAAGACUUAACAGGAAGUUCUCACUUCUGAGAUUCCUCCUUCUUCACACUCAGCCUCAACAGCAGUCAGACGCGGACUUCACACCUACACCACACCGACGCUGCAGCUACACCUUUCAGAAUCCUCAUGCGUCAUACACAGUGAUAAUCUUUGAGACCUAAUGCAGGAGUGAGAGAGUGAAAGCUGUUAUAAAAUGUGGAUGUGUAUGAUUUCUGUGCACCCUAAGUUCUCAUCGUUUAUUAUGAGCCUUAUUCGAGUUCAGGUUGUGAAGCAAAUUGAAGCCAUUUUCACUGGCGCAGCCAUCAAAGGUCUCCUUUCAGCUGCAUUUGAAAGAAUUUGUUUUUUAUUCUGCUGUAGAAAAAUGAACAUGAUACUCUUUAUUCAUGACAGAUUACUGGAGUGAGAGUGAUCAUGAGGACAUGGAGAUGCCCUCUAUGCCCAAACAGGACAGUCCUCCACCCCCUUAUGACACCUUCCCCAGAGCAUCCUCAGUGAGUCUGUCACAUUAAAAAGAUAGAUGUCAUCCCAAGGGCACAAACCUGUCCACUUUACCGACUAAACCACCUGUCUUUGUGUAGGUGAGUCCCUACCUGGAACCGAAACGUGGCCAUCUCUCCUCCUCCGACACAUUCCAGUCCCGCUCCUCUCAUGACGAUUUCCACUCUGAGACUCUGGACGGCAGCGGAAACAACAACGGCAUCUCUCCAGGGCCGAAGUCGAGCAGCCAUAGAAACUCCUGGCAGGACCAGAUGGAGAGUAAUGCCCGGAUGCACUAUCUGCAGGCGUUUCCUGUAGAGGACAGCCUGCUCUCCGAGGACAGGGACCAGGUAGCGAUGGAGUACCGCAGACAGUCCACCCUGCCAGCACAGCGCAGCCUGCUGCAGGAGCAGUACAGGGCUCUACCUCUGCCGCUCAGGGCCAGCAUCGACUCAGACACAGGAGGGAAACCCCGCAGCUUCACCCUACCAAGAGACAGUGGGCUCCACGCCAUCCUUGCUGCCACCGCCACAGCAUCAGAUCAGUGGGAGCCCCAGCACUACCAACUGGAGCGGCCCAGGGACACUGGUCAGAAUCAGAGCUCUUAUGUCUUUACAUGUUUGACAAGCACAGAAAUUUAAAGAAAAAAACAAACAACAAGCACAAAGGUUUAAAGAAGGCUGACAGUAAACUUGAAGCAAAUUAUUGAAGUAAUUUAUUCAAAAAACAUUCAUCACUAACAACUCUGAUUACCGCUUAAAUAUUUAAGUGGUCUUUCAAACUGCAGUGGGUUAGUUAAUGUAAGUAUUUCUGCACCUUUCCUCGAAAACUGGAUAAAUAAAGAGAAAACUCAGACAUGGAUAAUUGGAAAUAUGUUUUUAAGAUUAUUAUCACUCACUUGUUUUAGGGUUGAUGUAUUCUAAAAAGGCACUUGCAGAUAUGUUGAAAAGCUCUGCUAGCUUUUCAAUAAUGUUAAUCACCAUAAGAUUAGAAGAAAUAGAUGAACAACUUUCAGAUUUUAUUUUUAAACAUUUUUAUAAACCUCAAUUUGAUUUUUAUUUCACUCAUUGAUAUUAAAAGUCAUUUUUUCCAAGUGUCCUGGUCAAGAAAGGCGGCAGCACUGUAACAAAGUUUCAGACAAACAAUGAAGCUGCAACAAACACGUAGUAAUUUAAAUAUGAUUAUGAUAAAUGGAAGACAGCUGUAAAUAAAUUUAUUAGACAGAUUUGGUUUGGUUUGGUAGCUUAGACUUUUCAUCUCCAUAGUAAAUACGUUGGUGAAAAAACACUAAUAAGAUAAAAAUCCCUGCUAUGUUGUUAAAAAGCAAUGAAAAGUUUAAUCUUAGGAGUGCAUGUUGAUGAAUUUAAAGAUAAAUAAAGAAGUCAUUAUCACUGACUGCAGCUAAGAAUAACCUGCUCCUGGUUCGAGCUUUGGCAACUUUACAUAUUACUGAAUUUUAUAUUUAAAAAAAUAAAAAAGAGAAAAGACCGACACUGCAGUCCAAAACACAAGCUUUCUCAGCUGCUCCUAUUCCGUCUCAACUUUGCAUGCAGUACAUUGUUGGGUAGUAUACUUUCUACUUCAUCAGAAAAAUUGCAUCUUGAACUUUGAUCCUCUUUUAUGCACCCGUCACAAUCUGUAGCCCAUCAGUCUCAGCUCCCUCUACCUCUCGGAUGAAAUGACAUGUUUUCAGCUGUGCAAAGGAUUAUGGGUCGGAAUGGCCAGAGAGGCAUGUUGACUUGCAUACUGCAGAGAAGGACAAUGGAAAGUACAACAUCCAGAAAGACAGUAUGCUGAUUUUGACACACAACUAUUGUGAUACUUUUUUUUUGCCUGGCAUAUUUUAUCAUAAUGUAGAAGUUGAGGAUCCGUCAUCAUUCAUUUAAGGGAAUAAGAAAAAACAGGUAUUGUUUAUUAUAGCAAAGGUUUCUUCUCCUGUUCUGAUCAAACUGCUAAAAAGAAAAAAGCUUGUGAGCCUUUGCUAAAGAGCUUUGAUUGAGAGGAAAGUGCCGCACAGUGAACUAUGGUGUUUUCUCAGUCGGCCCCUCUGCAGUCCACUGUUACAUGCAGAUCAGUUUUUCCCAGUAUAGUCUUGAGCGAGUCAGCCUAUUUGUCAUUGGUUAUUUCAUUAAAGCUGCUAACAUGCAGUCAGAGCCAGCAAAUGUCAGGGGUUGAAUAUGCGCUAUUAUUGCUUUAUUGGAUUGGAUUUGCAGCCAGCCCAUUUUCAGCCCCUCUGAGACCUCCAGGGCAGUUGUCUAAGUGAGAUGAAAUUUAGUGUCUUAUUUGAUCGUGAUUUAUGCUGGCAGUCCACUCUCUCUUACACACUCACGCUCACUCCUUCUCUCUCUUUUCUUGUCUCUCUCUUGCUCGAUCGAGAUGUCACUGUGCCUCUCGGCAGUGUUUGAAUGGUGGAGCGAGGAGGAAUCCUUUCAGCCCAUGUUAGUGUUGAAUCCUGAACAGGAUAAAGAAGCAGGCCUAGGGGUCCUUUCUUCUUGUCCUCAUUUAUCUAGUGCUAGUGCGAGUGCACCGUUCAUUCUCUCCACCACUGCCCGUAAAGACAAGAAAGGAGAACAAAACAGGCGACAAAUAAAGCAUGAUAGGUUUCAAAGCACAGCCCCAAAGCUUCAAGACAAACCACCCUACUUCCAAAACACAAAAUAAAGAGACGGCCAACAUAGCCAGAGUCCUGGUGUAGUUUUAGUUUCAUGCCAACAGAGGGCAGUGUGAGUAAACAUGUGAAAAGUGGAGCCCUGGCAGUUUUUGAGAAAGAAAUGAAUGGCGCAGUAAGAAUUUCAUUUUUCUUGAAGACUUAACUGUAAUGAAACGAAGUGCUCUUUGCAUGAGUUAUGCAUUAAAAGAAAAAUGAACAUGCAUAAUGUGAGCCUAUUAAGAAAUCUGCAUAUUACUAGUCUGAGAAUAGGAGGGGACAAAGUCUGCAAUGGUAUAAUGAAAAAAAGAAGUAACAAAGGAAAACAAAUUGGAGGAAAAUGUUACAGAGAUAAGUUUGUAUUCAGGUUUCAACAAGUGAAACACAGAGAGGUUGUUCAAGACUUCUAAUGUAUAAAAUUGUUUUUAUGAAAAUUAUGCUUACCUUUAAAAUUCAGUCAGAUUUAUUGUAAAAAAAACUUUGAUGUCUUUGAAAAUAAAAAGACUAGUUAAAUUUACUAUAAAGCACUAUUCAGACGAAGCAACUCACAGAGUCAGAAACAAAGUAUAAUAUCAAUGGAAUUUAAAGAAAUACGUCAUGAAGCAAAAAUAAACUAAAAUGUAAAAUAGAGUAAAAAUAAAAAAACUUUUAUUUUGUUCUGUGAAGAGGUUUUGUGCCCUUUUGUCUUACUGUUAAAGUUACUGCCAAUAGAGUCUCACCUUCCUAACAAACACAGAUUCACCUGCUGGUCUUGCCUUGAAAAAAAUAUUGUAGAUAACCAUCUGACCUUAAUAUGAAUCCUCCUAAAAAGGGUGCUUUCAUGGGUUAAAAUGUAGCUGAAAAUUGACGCUGAAAAAAAAAAAAAACACUCAAAGGCAGGCUGUUGCACUUGCAGAAAAUAAAAUUGCUCCUGUUUAGAUGGCAAAAUAUCGUAGAAAUAGCUGGUGUGCUGCAGCCCACACGGGCCUUCAUCGAUGCUUCAUCAGCAAGCUGAGGAAUGCCUGUGUAGGCUGCAACAUGUAAACUGUUUACUAGACAUUUUGCCAUGUUAUCAUUCUUAUUAUUAUUAUUAUUAUUAUUAUUAUUAUGUGAUCAAUCGUUAGUGACUUGCCUUCAAAACAAAAAAAUAGAUAUGAAAUGAUUUGAUGAUGAAGAUUCGGUAACAGAAAAUUCCAAUUAUUUAAAUUACUGAUUAAACAAAUUAAAAGAAAUGGUCAACAUAUUUAAUUUCAUAUUGAAUCAUAUAUGCAUGGCAGUAUUUUAACUUGUAAUGAAGUGUCUUUGCUGUGUGAUCUCAGUGGUUUGACUGAAGUACACAAUUCUAGACACUCAGUCUACAUCUUUUUGCUGCGCACAAACGGAGCUUCAUUUCAGUUCUUGCAUGUGGCCUGAACCCACUUAAACCCUGGCACUCUCAUCAAGAAACAAAUUCAUCAGAAAAACUCAACAGCUACAUUUCUUUCCAGGAAAAUGUCAGUCAGGAUAAUCCACUGACCUUGCUGUCAGCUUUAUUUUUGAGUCACUUCGCCAGCCACUUGUUAGCUCGGCUCUCUGCCAUUUCCUGCUGGGCAGGUAACAGUCAGUUUGUGUGAGUGUGUGGGCAGAGACAGUCUGCCUACAGGUUUGUGUGUGCUGGAUUAGUGAGAUAUUCACUGCUAACAUGACCGUGGAGAGGUUUAUGUCUAUGAAAUGUAUUUGUUAUGUUGAUAAUGAAUUUUCUUUUUAAAUCCUCAUAUUUUGUACCUCAGUUUGGUGUAAAAACUGUUGCUUUCUGUCUCUCCAGGCCGUGGACGAGAUUGCAGGAUGCAGGCAGACUCUCUGGGAGAUCUGUAUAGAGCUCUGGAGCAGACCAGCCUGUCCACCUCAGCUGAUCACAGAUCAGCCAGCCGCCUUGAAUAUAAGCGCUCAUUUGUCCGCCGAGUCAACGACCCCCUACUCAAUGACAAGCUUCAUCGCCUUCGGGUCCUCAAUAGCUCACUCAAGGUAUAAAAACUCAUCUUUGGCCUAAACAUGCUCCCACAGAGGUGUUUAAUAACUCAUUACUAACAACUAACUGAGAACCUAUUUUUCCCACAGAAUGUCCCUCUUCAAGACACUCACCGCUCUUUGGGUUACUUAGGCUGAAGAGCGUUGUGUCGAUUCAACCUCAAACGUAUUGCCUCCGCCUGUGCCUCACACAGUCGACAUCCCUCCGCUGGAGAUAAAAGGCACAACAAACCCUCUUCCCCCUGCUCAGCUCUACAAACCCUUUGCUUUUUCCUGCUGCCUCAACCUCACACACAGAGCAGGAGCACAAAGACUUGUUCUCCCUCUGCGCCAGAUCUCUCUAUCUCCCUCUCUCUCUCUCUUUAGAUAUAUGUAUUUAAUAAUAGGGCUGUUACAGAAGGCAAAAAAGAGUCCUGAUUGAUCAAAUUUCUCUUAGACUCACAGGGUUUAUGACAGGGUUUAAGCACUUUGCAUUUGUGUCCAAAAACUUGUUGAAGAGCUUUGUAAAUCAUUGCUCGCAUGCAUGGCCACCUCCCCUUGCUUCUGUUUUGAACAUAAUGCUGGAGUUGUGUACGACUGCUCAGUAGGCAGAAGUUAUUUUGGAUGUACACAACAUUUUGUUAAGCAUGUGUUUCUGAUUUAAAGGUAUGUUUGUUCCAUAAGUGUACAGGAUGUUGAACAUUUAUAUAAAUAUUUAAUAUUACAUCACUACAGUGUCCACACAACGUUUUGGGGUACUUAUACAAAUUGUAAAUCAAGUGCUGUGCCUCAGUGAUUGUGAAUGUACAUUGUACUUUUCAAAGAAAGACAAGAGAUGAUACAGGUAGGGAGCUAUUUCUCGAAACAGGAGCACAAAAAUAGAACGCUUGGCAAUAAUGAUAACCAGUAUUGUAAAUUACAAAAGAAUGAUCAGAAUAGAUGUCUAUUUUUGUAUGCAUGCUACCUACCUAAUUGUUUGUAAAUCAGUUUUGUAUUUCAAAGUGCGUUGGUCUGGAGAAUUCCUGUGUUGACCCCCUCACCCCACCAUCACUUUGUGUUUUUAAGACUCAUUUUACUAUUUCACCCUGAAAGUGUUGGCCACAAAGAGUUAUAGCUGUAUUUAUUAAGUGUUUAAUGUACAAGCAUGCUUUGUGAACUAAAACACAUUACCAUGCCAUUUGAAAUUGACUGACAUUGCACAAGUGUGCCGCAUUGUAGCUCCAUGACUUUUUUUUUUAAAUUGAAUAAAGUAUUGCAUGGGCACACAUAAGCACCAUUGUUACCUGAUUUUUUUCCCCUCACAGUCACAUUUAAGAAAGUAUUUUUAGGGGGAAACUUCUCCAACUAUAAAGCUCAACUCAACAGGAAAAAAUGCUAAUGUGAGCCUCAGGCACUGUCAUACUGUAAGAUGUAUAAAAUUAAACAGUAGAGGAUUACUGGUAGAAAGAGAGUGCUACUUGGGCCCAUAAACUCAUAUGCAAAAACACAUUUUUAUUCUUUUACAAACAGUAAAUCUGUCAGGGUGAACCAGAAAUAAAUCAUUCAAUCACUAUAAGCUCUUAUGAUAAAUGUAAAAGAAGAAAGAUGAUGUCGAGAAAAAAAGUUGUUUAAUUAUGUGAAACAUGGUCUAAUAAAAAAAGAAAUGAUGCUUUAAAGUGUAGAUUUGUUACUUGUGUUUUUAAUAAGUAAUCAGCAAAAGUCCCACAAAUGAAACAUGCAGAUCUCAUCCAGUGAAAUGUUUAACAAGAGAUUAUUACUGUUUAUGCUGAGGGAUCAGUUUCAUCAUCAGAGCACAGAGUUAAUGAACUACUUUUCUUGUGUCAUUCUUAUCAAUUUUAACACAAAUUUCACUUUUCUUGCAUGCUUUGCUCAAUGAACUCCCUUUUAAUAUUUUUAAUCGUAAUCUGAAUACAUUCUAAAAACUUUUUUUUGCUUUUGAUAAAACAUUGAAAAACAGAACAACUUGAUUUGUCUUAUGAUACUUCGUUAUCAACAUUAAAAAGUAAUUCAGAAGAACAUCUACAUGUUCUUAGUUGCAUUAGAUUUACAUUCUUUCAAGUAUCUCUAUUUUCUUAGCUCCUCACUUCCAGCAGACUGAAACGAGUUUGUAUAAUGUUUAAUUUUAAGAGAGGAUUACCUGAAAAAAAACAACGUAUUCAUACAUCACAGUGGAUAGUUUGCAUUCAGCGUCCCAAAAAGGUGACAAUGACCAUGAUACAGGUAUGUUUGAAUAAGCAACAUGUUCCAUUUAGAAAAAAAUGUGUAUAACAGAAUUAAAUCCAGUGACCUGAAAGGUUAAGACAGACUUAAACUCAGGGAUCACAUGAACAUUGUUAGAGCUUCGACCUGGUAAUGAGAUAUUAACAGGACACGAACUCAGCUCUGUUUUUCAUGGCACUGUGCGGUUGAUAGAGUUAAUGUAAGGUUAAUGUGAUUAACAAACAGAGUAAGACAGAAGAUUCAGCAGGACACGGGUUUACAACAGUCUUACACAAACAGGACUCAUUUUGAAAACAUAAUAAUGACACUGCUCUUUGCUACUUAGUUCCUAUCCUCCUUUUUCUACUGAAAAGCCUGAACAGUGGCACCCUUAUAUUUUUGAUACUUAAUCCAUAAAUAGCUGGGUUAAGAAUGGGUGGAAAAAUCAAAAAGUACACGGAUAGAAACAGCUGGGUUUGGUAAGGCAAGUGGCGAAUGUUAAAUCGACUUUGCGCAAUUUCAAGAAAGCAUCCAAUUGAGUAGUUGACUAUUGAUAGCAGGUGGGGCGUGCAGGUUCGCAGAGCUUUGAGUUUGGAUUUGCUGAAUGAUACCACACAUAUCCUCAGGAUUUGUGCAUAUGAAUAAAAAAUCAUAACAAGCUGUGGAAUUGCGUACAGAGCUACACUUAGCAGGCCAACUAUGUUGACAAUAGAUGUGUCAGUACAGGCAAGUUUUACCAAUAAGUAAUUCAUGCAGUAAACCUUUUCUAUUGUUCUGUCACAAAACCUGAGCUGAAGAGUGAAAAUCAAAACAAGAAGAAAGGCUAGAAAUGGAUAAAGCCAGGUGAAAACAAUCAGUUUAACAACCCUCUGUGACAUGAUGGUGUGAUAGAGCAGUGGAUAACAAAUAGCCACAUAUCUGUCAUAACUCAUUGCUGCAAGAAUUGUGAAUUCAGUAAUGGCAUAUGUGUGAACAGCAAAGAUCUGUGUCUGACAAAGAGGUAAAGAGAUCUCAUAUGAGUGUGACAGAAGGUUGCUGAGUAAUGCUGGCAGUAAAGCUGUGCUCCCAUACAGACCAUUCACUGCCAAGUUACACAGCAAAAAAUACAUCGGCUCAUGCAAAGUCUUCUCAUAAUAAACCACUCCAAUCAAAACUACAUUUUCAAUAAUAAUGGUUAAGUAUAUCAUGAGGAAUAUGCAGAAGUACAUUGGCAUCAGAUCAUUCAUUCCAAUGUAAGGAGACAGGUAAAAAGUCGUCACUUCAGAGAAAUUUUUCAUGCUGACACACAUAAAUUGUACAGCAUCCCAUGAAUACACAGAACAGUUUUCACUCUGCUACACAAACUGAAAGGAAACAGGCUUUACCUCUGUGGGAAUUUCUCCUCUCAAUCAGUAUUUAACUGCUCUUUUAUACCCUCAACAUGAGUUCCCCUCUGACAUGCCGAUCAUGUGGUUUCACCUGUGACAAGUCCCUCAGUCCUCUCACAUUGGGGUGUGGAUUUCCACGAGUUCAAUUUUGAAAACAAAUGCAAAAGGCAUCCUGAUUAACAUUGUUCUAAAAAGUGAAGACAAUGGCAGAAAGUAUAAAACUGUCUUCAUUUUACACUGCAAUUGAUCAGAGGUAAUAAUAUAGAUAGCUGACAUAAAUGCCAAAGAUUUUUGGAAAACGUGUGUUCAUAAAGAAACAGUAUCUUUAAUGUGACAGUGUUGUGUCAGACAAGACUAAUCCAUUUCAUUCUGUUCCCACCUUUGCACUUGAGAAGGUAUUAACCUUUUUUUUUUAUUCAAAUAAAUUCAAUUCAAUUUAUUUCCAAGUACACUUUUAGUUUUUAGUUUUAGAUUUUAGAUUUCACAGUCAGUGACGAGAGACAGGAACACAAAUGAACAUUUAGAGUAAUUUGAUUGAUCAGGGAUUUGUUGGUGGUGCCUUGGGAAUCCUGCAGAGGGGUCACGCUCCACUUAGGGAAGAUUUAUCCCUGUGGUUUUUGUCAUUCUGUAUGUAAGCGACAUUUCCAGUAUUUAAGAUGAUCAUUUUCCACGGAGCUCUGUACACUUAAGGAAACUCAUUCUUGAUUUCAUAUGAAAUGAAUAGUGCUGGUUUAUUGCUCAUAAAGAUUUGGCUAGUUGAAACACCUGUGGUAAUGUUUAUGUGCCUUUAAAUCGGUCCAUCUUGACCAUAUUCACCAGGAGUGAAAGGAUGCCAAGCCAAAGUCCACUCUUGAAAGAAUGGUGGGUCCACACAAAUGGUCAGGUUUAUAAGCUUUACUGAUUGCAGAUCUGGGUUACAUCUCCAGCAUGCAUCAAGAGUAACAAAGACUGGCAUGAUAUGGUAUACGGGAUCAGGUAUAUACAGCUGCCCACUCUGUUAGACAGUCCAGUACCAAAAUAUCUGAGGUCUUCCAAGUUACACACCCUAUUUACCUUAAAUGGUUAAAAUUCAUCCUAACAAGUAGUGACCGUGUCAGUGCCCCCAUCUAAUGGUAUUAACAAAAUCUUAAGGUAAAUUUUUCUGAAAGCCUAGAGCUUAUGAGUUGUGACGUGUUAGCUUACAUUUUUUGAGAAAGGGCAGAGACUUUGAACUCUAGUUUUCUCAGACAAUGCAUUAAAAUAACGUCAUUUUUUCUUGGUAAUUUGGGAAUUCUUUGGAGAAAAUGUUGGCUAAUCUGCGAUGUUAACACGAGGUAGGUUGGGGUACCUAGAUGCAGACUUACACACAGAAGCAGGUAAGCGGAAAAGCUUUACUUGGAAAAGCAAACAGUAGAAAUCCAAAUCUCUCUAGCUGCAAGGAAAAAGCAAGAACCAAAAGACUCGGAGGUUAAAUAACACUUAAUGAAUACAUUUCACAAUCCCUGACGUCUUUACCGGACAAAGAACUGUGACAUUCUGGCGGCAGCCUACUGCGAGCUCCCCGUGUAAACACCCCGCUGAUAGCUGAUCUGCCUCAGCUGUGAACUCAGCAGGAGCUUCAUUAUUAGAGAGCACACAGGUGUGCUGCUCUUGUGACCACUGGGAGAGCAGAAACAAACAGUGUAGAAAUGAAGGCGAGUUAGAAUAACCUUUCGCUGAUCGUGCAGAUGUAACGCAUUUUCUCAGGUUCUAUCUUUUCCGAACUCUAACUUAAAAAUUUUAAGUCAUCCGUUCACUUUAUACUGCAGCUUUUGACUAUGAGGGUACCAGAACUCUGUAUUUAACGGGUCCUGGAGCCAAAUGAGAUCACAUGUACACAAGCUAAACCCUUUAGUUUUAAAAAUCAAGCUAAAAUAUUAAAGUUCUCUGUGACUGUUACUGAAGGUACAGGCUAAAACCUUCAGGUGAUGAAUCACAUCAGGAGAGCGGAGGCCAUAUAGGAUAUGUACUGUAUGCCUUUGAAUUGGUUUUCAAGUUCUAUUUAAAUGGAUUAAUAGACAGAGUCAGUGUCACAUAGCUGGUGGAGGGGCAUCUGUGUCAGAGAAAACCAUCCUUUCUCCCAGUCUGCAAAGCUGCAAACCCCUAGAUUUUAGACCCUGAUGCAACAAGCCGUUACAAGUCAUCACUGUCAUCUGACAAAGUUGAUAUUGAUUAACUAAACAGGAUAGGAUUGGUUUGUUGUUUGUUUGUUAUAAAAGACUACAAGAGACUAACAUUUUUAGUUUUGGUUGACACCUUGUGCACUGUAAUGGUAAAAAUAAGGACAUGUCCGCAUCAUUGGAGUUUUACAGGUUUUACAUUUAAAGCAUUUCUUAUAGAUAUUGGUGCUGCUGCGAUCUUUUUUUAACCCUGUAAUUAAAUGCUGUACACUUUUCACAGCUAAUUAAUGUAACACCAAAUUUUGCAACACAUAAACUUCAAAGUAGGAUAUGAAAGACUUAAUAUGAGGUAAUAAAUAAGUUCCCAAAUAUAUGUAGGUUCCUCAACCCCAAUAAUGGUGGGUGUAACUUUUAUCUGCUUGAUGAUUUGAUCCCCUUGCACUUGCAUGAUGUGUAUAAAACCAUCUCCUGUUUUCAAAAAAACACAAUUCUACUAGGAGUUUUUUUCAUCCCUAUACGCUUGGGAAUUGUGUUGUCAAUGAGACCAGCCUCUGCUACAGUCUCCAAGGGAAAUUACUCCCAGGGGAGGAUCUGGAUCACAACAGUCAAGAACAGCCCAAAAAACCUGGGCCACCCCCAACAACCAGACCAGUGGGGUGUGCUCAACUGAGUGUCUAAUGAUCAGGCUCUCAUUCUAGUGAGCCCAUGGCCAGGCUCACUUUUAACAUGAUUUAUUUGAGGUUUCCACAUGAGUGUAUAAUCAAUGAUCACACCCAUUUACUUUCACACAACUUCUUUUUAUCAAUAUCAAUAUCAAUAAGUUUUUCCUGAGUUUUGAUGUAGAAUUACCAAAGAUUUUAAACUUCUAAACCAUUUUAAACCAAACUUAUUAUAUGCUUUUUAACUAAUUCAAUUAUAGCUUUCCACUGUAUGUAGAGGCUGUUUUAGAUUUUUCCCAGAGCAAUAAAGAUUUGUAUCAGCAAGUAAAACUUUGAUGCGAACUGGCCUAAUAAGCUGAAUGAAGUUUGACCCGUCAGCAAAUGCUAAGUUUUAGUAAAACUUUAUCUCAAUUCACAGAAACCUCAAACAUACAAAAGCUGUGUAGAGUUUUUUGGUAUAAGUAGAGGAGUGUGUGUUUGCACAGAAACACUGAACUCCUGCAUCACGCAUCCUUGUGUAGCUUAAUAAUGUUAACCUAUUUCUUGUCGCUCAAAUUCAGCUGUUUCAACUUUCCGCUCUUUACAGGCUUUAAGUGCCUCUCCACAGCUGGAUAUGCAGUUUUCCUUUGCGUUAUUGAUGUAUUUUCAGCACCUUUACUUUUGCGUUCUGCUUUACAUUUUUUCCAUAUGUGGCAUGUUUUUGACGUUAUAGUUGAAACUUUUUGUAUUUUCGGCUUUGUAUAUUUUCUGAAUUUUAAGUCUUUAAGUUUUCAGUAAUUGCAGUGAGAUUGCCCUUUUGAUACAUAGUUAUACAAGAUGAUUUAGGUUUAUUUGAGCAAAAUAUAGAAAUCCAAAACAGGCCAAGAUAUAUCAAAAUGAAUUAUUUAUUUCUCUCUGGACAUGAACUACUGAACUUACUCCUCCAUGCAGCCUUUGCUGAGUUGUAAUUGAGUUUGGCAUCACACUGUGAACUUUUUUUUUUUUUGCAAAAUAAAGGCCUAUAAAUGUCUAAAAUAUAAUAUAUUUAGAGGUUACCAAUUCAAACAUGUUUUUUUCCUAUGAUAGCCGAUACACCAUAAAUAGUAAGUUUUGUUGGUAUUUUUAAUCACUGUAAAGGGUUGUUUAAAAAAUGGUUAUAGUCAGCAAUAGCCUGCUCUGGUUGAAAGUGUGCAUACAAAGACUUCACUGUAAAACCUGCAUGCAAUCUUUUUCCAUAAAAUGUUUAUUACAGUUAGUCGAACAACUAACAACCCCUUCAAAUUCAGCUUUAUGGGAGGACAAAGAAAAGGUUCA